GGGUAGAAUAGGUUUUCAAGGCAGUGCUGGCAAUCGAGGCGCUUUUGGUGGAAGGGUGAGUUAUUGCAUUCAGAUGAAGAGAAAAGUUUUCCACCUUUUAAUAUCUUUUGUGCGCUUGUGUGCAUGAAGAAAUAAAGAAAAACGCUCGUUAAUAGAUAGAUCAGGGUUCAGGAAUUAUUUUAUCCCUCCCGCGCGGCCACGCGUGACCGAGCAAUCGCUGAUGAUAGUUGAUGGGCAAUCGUUUUGGGUAAUUUCUAAGUAGCAUGAGUCAUUGUGAAAACGACGUGCACUAAACAAGUGUAAACAUGUGUGCUUGAUAAAUAUAUUUUAAAAAUACAAUCCCACAUGUGAAGUGUCUUGAAUCGCGAGCCAGCAACAAGCGUGACUUAAAUCGCACCAAGUUACGCGAUAGCUCUCGAUCAAUGGACAACUUGCAUGUCAGACUAAAUUUUAAUCUAAGUAAAGAGAAUGGAAUCAAACACAACAGUUAAAAAGAAAAAAAUUGCAAAAUUUGGUUGCGAAAUGUUGUAAAAUACAGAAAAUAUAGCCUUGCGAAGUUUGCAUAUUUUCAGUAUAUUUGUAUUACGUGCGGAAAUUGUUACCAUUUUCUGCUCAAAAAUGGUAACAAUUCCGCACGUAUAAUACAAACAUACUGAAAAUACAAACUUCGCAAGGCUAUAUUUUCUGUAUUUUACAACAUUUCGCAACCAAAUUUGCAAUUUUACUAAUUUUAAUAAGUUCUUUACGGGAAUUUACUUUUUUUUGCCUAAAUAAAAAAUUAGUCUAACAUGCAAGUUGUCUAUUAGAAAUGAGAAAAUAAAGUCAGAUUAUUAUGUUAUCUAGGGGACCCAGGGUAUGAGAGGAGAUCCAGGUGAAAAAGGUGAUGUAGGUCGCCCAGGUCCAGCUGGUCCUGGUGGCUUUGUCACUACUGAUGUAAGUACAAAUUUUUAUUGCAUGCAUCUAAGGUGAACAUUCAUAGAUGAAAUUAUUGUUUAUUCUCAUGUGUUUGUCAAGAGCUUUUGGUAGCUAUGUAAAUUAUCAUUAUUAAUUUCUUUAGAAUUUGAUUGUUUUCACGGUCUAUGUUAGAGACCUUACGAUUUUAGGACGGCAACGCGACGGCAACGGCUAUCAAUACAAUAGAUCAUUGAAAAGAAUUGAGUAAUUACAAUAAAUGAAUAAUUUAGACAUUGUCCUCGCUCUGUUUACAACGCCAAAUCACAUAUUUUCACGUGUUGAUACGACGGCUGCAUUCUAAGCCACAACAAGUGCAACUUCAAACUGGGUUUAGCAGAACUCUUCCCAACCAUAAAACCCAUGUCUUCAACUUCUAAGACUGAAUUAAAUUCAUACGAUUGAUAAUAUACGACGAACUAUCGACUACCAUUUAUUUUAAGGAGUUUGUUUUGGCCGUCGCGGUUGCCGUCCUAAAAUCGUAAGGUCUCUAACGUUGUCGGGCUGGCUUCGCCACUGUUUUAAUACAUGCAUGCCACUGUAUUGUAAAUAGUCAUAUUUAUAAUUAUGUAGAAUUAUUUCUUAAAAUUUCAGUUAUCAUAUCUUGUAUUUUAGCCUGAUGAACGCGGUAAAGGUCCCGGGCCAAAUCAAUAUCGCUACCUUCCAGGUCCACCUGGUCCACAGGUAAGUAUAGUGCAUAUUAACUAAGAUUAUUAUAUGGCUUUUCAAAAUUCUCUAUUCUGAUUGGUUGACAAGCGGUCCGUAAAAACCCAUAUCCGGACCGUGGUCCGUAUUUUCCGUAUCUGGACCGGUGUCCCGAAUGUCGUUUGGUUUUCUUAGAUGUUUCACCCUUGCAAACUUGUGUGUCAUUAAAAUUUACAGAUAAAAAUUUCAAACAACCAAAGUGUUUUUGAUUGAGCAUGCAUGCCUACCGUAUACUGUUACCCAGUGAAACUGACGAUAGCCGAUUUAGUUUGCGCGAAAAGCAUAUGCUCAUAGACUCAGUUCAGCCAUAUAAUAAACCUAUUAUUGACCUCGCUUGUUCAGUCUGUACUGUGAAAUAUCAGACCUCUGUUUUUUGCAUGGACCUCGCCCCUUCGUCGCUCUACUGAAAAACCUCGGUCUGAUAUUUCACAGUACAGACAUCACGUUCGGUCAAUAAGCCUUUAAUAUUAACUGAGAAUGAAUUGUGCUGUACGGGAAAGUAUCAAACUGUCGAGGUCUUGCUUCAUUUUAUAUUCAUGUUUAAAACCAACUAAAGUACAGUCGAACCUCUUUUAUUAUUUAAGCAACCUUCUAUUCAACGGUCAGUUAUUAGUCUCCAAAAUAUCACCAAUACGAUUACUAUAAAAUCACACUCCAUUAAGCGGACGCGGUCACCUUCGAGUAGUCCCAAUAAUUGGUUGUUUUUCUAUUUGAUCUCUAUAUUAAAUGGCCACGUACAUUCAUCUUAACCACAAUUUCUAGCGCAUGCAUGAACUAACACUAAACUUAAACGAAUACUGAGAUCAGAUUGUUUCACCUCAUGCCUAUAUGAUAUUCUUUAUUAGCUUUUUAUAUUGCGUCAAAUCCCUUUUUCUACCUUCGACUUCUACCAAUCCAUUGAAAAUGCGUAUGUCUUUUAAUAAAAUGAAAUUUUGGUGUACUUCAACUAAGCGGCUACCUCUAUUAUAAGCCCCGAGGGUGGCCAUUUAAUAGAGGUUCGACUGUACCAUGAAAUUAUCGAAAGUAAUCUAAAAAUCGUUGCUCUUUAAAUUCCUCCUGGCAGCUCUUCGGAUGUUAAACACAAAAAAUUCUGGACUGCAUGCUUUAAAAAUAUUGUAAAAUUUACCCAAUUUUUUCGACUUGCAUUGAAUGAUUACCAUAUUUAGCUGUUCGUUAUUAACCAAUCAGAGCGCACGUAGUGACUGCAAUGUAGAAUAAAUAACUACUUUAUCCACUUUAUCUAUUUGGAAAAUAUUUACAUUAAAUCAAAUGGCAAAUGAAUAAUUUAUUAUAAAUAUUAAUGAAAAGUUCUGAUCUGAUUGGCGUGGAGCAGUACAAUUUUAUUAACAAACAGUACCGAAAUGCAGUUCGGCUCAAAUUGUUGUAAUGUAUAAAAGUUUCUGCGAAUAUCAUUUUCAAAGAAAAUUAUUCUUAUAAAAUGUAUGUUACUUUUUGUGUUUGUUGGGGUUGUGUACUCAGGUGAAUAUGAUGUUUGUGGUGUUACUCAGAGUGGGCAUUCACACCAGUAAGCUGAAACGUUUGCCUGACCACGGUGGGAAUCGAACCCGCGACCUUUGGGAUAAUAAUAAUAAUAAUAUGUAUUUAUUUAAUCACGAUAAGUUAGUUACAGGUAGUGCUGAUGUAGUCGUGAAAAUAACAAAAAUUCUAGCUAAACUAACUAUAAAAACCUAUAUUUAUAUUACGGUUAUGAAAUAUUAUUAUUUUAUAACUAGCCCAAUGCUCUACCAACUGAGCUACGAGGUCAAGUCGGUUCGAGUUGGUGAUAUUUUGGAACUGAGUCUAGUUUCUUCGAAUGCUUCGAUAUCAAUGAUAUUCUAAGAUAUGAUACUUUUUGUAUUUGUUUGUGUUGUGUAUUCAGGUAUUACCCUGUUAUUAUUGUCAUUACAUGUACUCGGGAGUUUUCAAAAACGUCAGAUUGAACUUGUCUUUUGGACUUGUGCAAUGUUAGUUUUCUAUGAAAAACUCUGACAUGCAUUCUCUUUCUCAAAAUGAGACAAUCUUUUCUCGUGUUUCUUAGGGCCCACCUGGUCCCCCAGGACAACCUGGCCCACCUGGACGAGAGGUACAGUACUUUUUAUCCACUAUUAGCAAUGUAUAGAAAAUAAAUCCUUCCGGAAACAUCACCUUGCAUGGCUAUAUAAUAAAGCUUUCUUUUCGUGAUUGAGACUAAACCAUUCAACUGUGAUCUUCUAAGUGGUUAAUCGUAGUUUUUAAAAGUCUAUUAGAACGAUGUGAUUUCUUCAAAUAUAUCAUCAAGCUCUCAAAAGCAAAGAUUUUAAACACGGAUUCCCCGGCGGAAAUCAAAAUUUGAAUUUGAUAAGUCGCUGGUUAAUUUCUCUCACUUCAAUUUAAAUACAAUCCCAAUCUCUAAUCAUAACCUUUUUGAAAUUUUCUGUAACACUUAUCCCAAACAAUUAUCUAAACUUCAUCGUAAACCUAAUUCUCACCUAGUCCAAUGUAGACCUCUUGCACUUAUUGAUCCGUGGCAAAAAUUUACUCAUAAUGAAUGAAACAGUUCCUACUACUGAUACCCUAAUCCUCCUGAUGCCAUUCCGGGAUAGUAACAUGGAAAGUAAACACGAAUUUCCUUUCUCGUUGACUUUAACCAUCUACAGUCUUCUUCACAGCCUGUCUGUCUAUGAAGUAAAGUUUUUAAAUAUUGUCUAAAAGGUCUCGGUCAUAGUCAUGAGUUGAAUGAGUUACGAGUUAAAUAAAAUACGAUCAUAUGAUGAGGUGCAAUGUUUUAUUUUGUAUUUCUUAUUUUGGCAGGAAAGAAUAUCGGUCUCGUGCUAUUUGCUAUUUGCUAGAGGCUAUUUGCUAAUUGUUUUUUCUUUCGUGUUUUAAAAAUCAACUUCUACCAUUUAAUUCUUGGCGGCCAUCUUUAUGAAAGAAAGUCCGUUGCAAUGGAUUAGAUUUCUAUUUUUUUUAUUUAUUAUUUAGGGAGAAAGAGGCGACUCUGGUGCGCCUGGACAACCUGGUACCGCUGGAGAAUAUGUAUGUUAGCACUCGGUCAAUAUUUAAACAUUAUAAUCCAGUUGCUUUUAGAACAAAGAUUGUUACUAGGAAGUAUUAUAUAUAUCGGUUAUCCUUCUGAAGGUCAUUAGUCUGACGAUUCAUUCGUUGGUGGAUAGUAAUAAAUUUUCCUUUAUCAAAUAGAAAUUAGUAUUAUUGGAUUGAUGUUGGCUCAAAUGGCUUGGUCAUUUAUAAAACUAUUCAUUUCAUCCUUCAGUAUUAAAUUUUGUGGUUAACUGAAUGGUUUAAGUACUUUUUAAAACACGAGUAGGAGUUUUAUGUCUGAUAAUACACGACAACGAGUAUUUUGAAUAGCUUAAAAUACGACUACAAAAGAAUACUAAUUAGGAUGAACCAUUAUAUAAUCAUACUAAUUAGGAUGAACAAUUAUAUAAUGCCUCAUGCUUAAAAAUGAUGUUUUAUCAGAUAUAAAGUUACUCCACGUGACAUAUUAUGGCCGACAUGAUUUGCCACAAGGUUUAUGAAUUAUUAAUGAGUAUUUUAACGUUAAUACCUCACUCCCUAAGAAUAAGAUACCAGUAUUUUUGUAGCCAAAAAUAUUGUUAUUACUUUUAGGACGCAAUGUGAGAGCUAUGGUGCCUCGGGCUCCAGUUAUACGAUACCAGAAUACUUUUCGUAUGGGAUUGCCUGGAUUGGAUGUUUCAAUCCGAUACAAAAUUCGUCCUGUUUAUUCGACCUGUUACACGGCGCCCGGAGCAUAACGGAUUAAUUUUCAUAUCACUUCCAAAGUGGAGUGGUACACACCGGAUUGCCAGGGGCAUAGGAACAGGGGGGGGGGGGGCACAGUCAGCAUUUCUGAACUUGACUACCGUCUGGCAUCAUGUAACCCUUGUUCAUACCUACCAAUAUGAAUAUGGAUAAUUUGGAUAUAAAAAAUCUUCAGGACCUAAAAGUAAAGUUUAAUUUUAUUUUAGGGACAACCAGGUUUAAAAGGAGUCAAAGGUCGUGAUGGAACAUCUGGAGAUAGAGUAUGUAUCUGUUAGUAAAAAUAGUUGAGUUUUUAGGCCAGGUUAUUGGAGAUUUUGCAGAGAGCAUGUUGUCGCACAUGAAAGGACGCCGGAACUCCGGUAAAUAUAUAUCAACCUAGAUGUACAUAUUUUGUGAUUGGCUUUAAAAUUCUGUAAUUUAAUAAUAAUUAGUUGUAUAUUGUAAUAACAGCAACCCUAAAUCUUACUCUAAACCUAACACUAACACUAAAGUAAACUGUGAGUUUUAAUUUAGAAUUGUCUUAGAAAUUCCCAAUUGUCCAUCCUUUUUAGUCAUUACCAUUAUUGAAUAAAGACCUUUAAUGAUUUAUAUAUAAUUUUAAAUUCAUUAUAUUAACAACAAGCCUAAAAUCUACUUUACCCUAAAGCUAACUCCAAAUUUAAUGUGAUACUAUCUUGUAAACUCCUCCGGUCAAUCUGUUUUAUAGUUUUAGUUAUUACCUUCAUUGAAAAAAGAUCUCUAGAAUAUAACAUUCAACAACCCCAACCUUAACAUCAAAGUGACUAGAGUUUAAAUUUGGGACUAACUUGACUUCCAGUUGUCUAUUUCUUUUUGCCAUUACAGGUGUCACCUGUAUUGAAUAAAAAAGCUCAUUAAUAAAGUUCUUGAAUAAAAACCUUUAAUAAUUAUAUAAUUUAUUGUAUUAAUAAGCAUUUAUAAUCUAGGGUACUGAUGGAGACCCAGGUUCUGAGGGUGAAUCUGGUGUUCAAGGACCUCAGGUAUGAUGUAUUUAUGAUUUAAAGAAAAUAGUUAACUGUAUUUUUGGUGUGUACAAUGAUUACAAUCAACAUGUCAAGAUGAACUAAUUAAUGAACAUGCGUUUGACUGGGUAGUUGAAACGCGCUGUAGAUUCGUUUUGACCGUGGGCCGUCUUGCCGUGUUUUCUUUGCUCAAGUUUAUCCAGACAGAUCCCUAGGAUAUGUCAUGUCAUACAAUUUAUACAGUAUAUUUGCCAUUUAAUUUAAUGCUGCACCAGGCAUGUAUCUUUACAACUGCUCAGGGGCGCCGGAAACAAUGUGAAACGGCAGGAGAGCUUUUUGAAAAGGGAAUUUAUUUGCUUGAAGUCCUAAUUGUUGUGGGCAGCAAUGUUCGUUAAAAUUUCGCUGUACGCGGAUACUCAAUUACUUGUAGCCAAUAUAGCUGGACAAAUUUCGGCAUUGAUUGGAACAAUUUUAUUCGUUGUAUCACUUACUUGCAUGAUACUAAAGAUUAAAAUGCUUGGUCAACUAUUUAGGAAGGCUUUCUUUUUGACGUUUUUGCAUAGAGUUGGAAACCAUGGUAAUGUUUCUGAGAGACUUUUCAGAUUCAAAUUUGAGCUAAACUGCUUAAAAACAGUUCUCAAUUUCAAUUCAUGUGAAGAACGAAGUGUAGUUCUUGUAAAAAAAGCAACCUGCUGCCCCCGCACUGUUUGGGCAACGGGGAUAGCUGCCCCCGUGGUUCCGGCGCCCCUGAAACUGUUCUCUGUGUAUAUUUUAGGGACCUCCUGGAACCCGUGGUAGACAAGGCUCACAGGGAUCAAAGGGAGAACGCGUAAGUUAUACUGCAUAUUUUUUACGAAUAAUUAAACAGUAUUUUUUAGUUUAUUUCACAAACGCGUGUUUAGUAGUGAUACACUGAAAAGUUACCAAAGAAAAGUAAUGAAUAAAAAUUAUAAUUACUUCUCCGAAAAUGUAAUUAUUACAAAUUGCUUUCCUUCAAAAAAAUUACGAAUUACGAAUUACUUGUUAAAAAGUAAUUGAUUACUAAUUAUUUGUUAGAUUACUUAGGCUCUAAUAAGACUGAACUGCUGCAAAUCAUAAUGCCUCUAAGCAACUUACAAAACAAAUCGUAUAAUUUAACUGCGUUGAAUUUGUUACUUAAUUUGAGUACGACAAUUUCAGUGUAGUCGCACAGACAGACAUUCAUCUUGAAUGCCAUUCCCUUCUGAAAUUUCCAGAUAUGGUAAGGUUGAAAAAAAUUAAAAAGCACACGCAAAAUUACGCAAAUUACUUUGUUCGAAAUAUUACUCGUUACCUUUUACUCUUUCUAAAAGUUAUUAAUUACGUUACAAGUAAUUAAUUACUGAAGUAAUUAGUAACGCGUUACUUAAAUUUAUAACACUAGGUAAUAGUUUCAGCACAUAUAGAAUGGAGGAGGCGUGUAGGCGAGUUUGAAGGAAGUUGGUUACUUCUAUACACUGUUAUAUCGAUUUAUAAGUUAUACAUUUCCGCAGCAUGUGAGGGAUGGCACUGUUUGUUUGUACUAAAAGUUACUGUACUUUCAUAUCUAGGGCCAAACUGGCCUGGCUGGUGAUCGAGGAGAAGCUGGCUUACCUGGUGAUGCUGUAAGUGUUGUACUUCUUGUACUACCACAGGGGAGCACGGGAGCGCUUUGAAAAAACACUUUGCUUAGCAAUCUUCAUUACACUUUUUGCUCAUUCCCCGUAAUUCCCCACCCCAUUAUUACACAAACUUUUCAUUCCUUCCUCUUUUUCGAGAUGGUUUGUCCACUCUUCAAAGAAGAAUAAACCCAGGGUUGAGCCUGCUACUGCAUGAAAGGUGAAUGUGAGGUAUUGUUACUUGAUGGGUAUAGCUGCUCUGGCUUGGUGUGUUUGAAAACACGUAUAAGUAGAGUUGUGGUUGGUUGCAUAUAUAGCUGUUCUUCGUGGUACUGUAUGAGUCUCAUGAUGGCAGCUAGAGCGCUUUAGAGGAGCCUUCGGUCUUGUUUGAGCCGGCUCAUUCAUACUUCGACUUUCAACUGCAAGUAAUAACGAGUACUCUUACUUGAUAUUUAUCUUUACAACCAUUAUAGUAGCUUGAAAAUUGAUUAAUUGACGAUAUCGUUAUAUAUACAGGUCUUUGUUUGCCAAAGUUUAAUAAACUUUCUUGUCUUUUAGGGUGAGCCUGGUGAUAAUGGCAACGACGGAAAAGAUGGAAUCCCCGUGAGUUCAUUCUUUCUAAAUAAAUGUUUUACAAGUACUUGUCCAAUUGUUUUCUUACGGGGCACCACGGUCGUCAUAUCUCACACAGGAUUUAUAUAUGUCGGUUAUAUACAAAGUUAGCUUUUUAAAAUUUAUAAGCGUUCUAUAAACAAUUAAAUAUCGUUCGAUUGCAUUUCUUCACACGGUUCAUUUGAAUGGCAAGUUGCGCUCAAAUUCGUCCGGUUUCGUAACGUAGUAUAGGCGAUAUCGUGCAACUUUCGGUACGGUGCCGAUUGAUCGAUAUCUACAGGGUGUAUAAAAAAAGCAAUCCAACUUUGGCAUGUUAUAUCGUGCAUUAUAUAUUGCGUUUGUCCAUUUACUUUUUUCACACUAAUAAAGAUCAGGCUUUUAGCUGUGAUACCUUUCUUGUAUCAUUGCGAUCUAAAAUAGCCAAAGCUGCUUGAAUACAGAUGCCGCAAUGCAUGCAUAGCAUUUUGAUGCUUAUUUAUUCUACUUGCAAUUUUGCAUCGAAAUUGAGUAGUUAAUUUUUUAAAACAUUUUACAGAACUGGAAGUUUGCAGACUGAACUCGCAAUGCGUUUCCCUAAUGGGCAACAAGUAUUUAGGCAAAUGUUCGAAAAUUGGAAGAAUAUUCAAAUCCUAAAGUGGAAAAAUGCGAUUUCAACCGACCACUUUAGCUUAGAUCGUAUUUAGUCAUUUUUAUCGCACUGAUUCCAUAAAGAUUAAAGGUGUCAGCUAAAAGCCUGAUCUUUAUAAAUACGAAAACAGAAAAUAUAUAAACGUAAUAAUUAACACAUGAUAACCUGCCGAAGUUGCAUUACCUCUUUUUAAUAUACCCCGCUGUAUAAUGCCCUGUACAUAUAACUCCGCGAAAAAUGUUACGAGCCCGCGCUAUUUAGGUACGUACACAAUUUUAUGAUAAUUUUCGUUCAAAUUAGCUUCCAAUAAAAUUAAACAGCAGAAUGCAUAUAGUGACGCAACACGCAAUUACUUGUCAAGUAUUCCUUGAUGGCCAUACACACGAACAGUAUUAAUUUUCCUUGUUCAAAAGCUGGCAUGACUAACUUUUCAACCAGCUCGAUGUCAAGGGAAAAUUGUUAAUUUCUGAUGUAAAAGCUGUUAAAGAAAAUCGGGAGCCGUUCACACUAUAGCGAUUUAGGUCGAUCCGAAGUCGGUAUAGAGCCGUAUCGGGCCAAAUCUGGACAACCAAAAACGUACUGAGACCGAUUCGAGAUCGAUCUAAACUAGACCACCUCAAGACAUGGUCUCGAAUUAAUUGGUUCACGAUUUACAACCGAGCUCGCUUUAAGAAUUAAGAUGGCUUUAAUUUAGAUCGAUGUCAAAGUGUGGCCAAAACGAACCAUAUUAUUAAACUGGUCUACAUAUUUUUAGGUCAGAUACGUAUCGACUGCUCGUGCUUUAUGUAUUAAUUAUAAAUUUUGCCAUAGGCGGCGGGAGAUUGGUUUGGUUAGGGGGGGGGGGGGAUAAACAAACUCUAGGGGGUCCGGUAGUAUAUAUACUCUCUGAAAUGACAUUUCAUGCGUUCUGAACUUCUGAGGAAGAUUUGACACGUAGAAAUCUCGAUUUAACCUCCUACAGCAACUGUUUCAAGCCACAUAACGAGGAAUACAGGAAAGUCGUCACUUUUGCUAUAGUGCCUCGUUUUCAUGUAUGUGACGUCAAGUCCAAAGUCUCAUUCACGAUAACGAGGAUCUGUGACGUACUUUUUGGAAGGGUGUAUUGUGAAUAUUUAGUAUUUUUUAAAGUUGGAGGGGGGGGGGACUUUAACUCCACUAGAAGUGAUUCACAUCAGUUGAACAGUUUCAUUUUUCAUGUGCACUGCCGCGCUGCACUGGACUAUUCCAUGCAGAUUGCAUGCAGACGUUGCGAUUUUCCUAGACUGUCAACUGCAAACACGCAUUAUCAUGCGUGCAGCGUGAGUGCCUACCUUUCUGACUGGCUUCGAAAGUUCUCUGAUAAUUGACUAUUUGUAUCAAGAAUUAAUUUUGUAUUUCUUAUUUCAAAACAGGGUGAAUCUGGUCAGCCUGGUCCUAAGGGUGCUCAGGGUCAGAAAGGGCCACAGGUAAUUAAUACUUCGCUAAAUAUUGGGGUGCGAAGAUAGGGUACCAACAUAUCAUCUCUCUUUAUGUUGUUCCUUUAAUUGAAACUUAUGCGACUUAAAAUUAGUGAAAAUUUGCCUGAAGAAUUUUAUAGUCUAUCGAGGCUUCCAGUACAGCUUUGUACACAGUUAUAAACAAUCCUUCAAAGGUUUUUACAAAUUAUUUAGGGGAGGCCGGGGGGGGGGGGUAGGGCCUAAUGUCCUCCACUGGUAUAGCUGUUUAUGCCUCUAAUCACUAAUAACGUAAUUUAUUUUUCACCCUGCUCGGUUUCCUUUGUUUUUAUAGAGGAAUAUAUUCAAUAUUCCCCUCUAAUCAAUUUCCGUUUAAUAAUCUCCUCUAAUAUUCACCUGCAAUUAAUAAUCCCCUCUAAUAUUCACCUGCAAUGUCUUUGCAGCACAAAAAAUGAGAAAAAAAAUAACAUGACGAAGGCAAUAUGGCAUUAAGAAUUAUUUCUAUUCUGACUCAUUAACGCUACCUCGCAGUGUGAAAAAUAAGUACGUUAUUUUGAGGCACCUCGGGGAUAUGUGUUUAUUCACCUCGGCGCUGCGUGCCUCGGUGAAUAAAUCACAUAUCCCCUCGUUGCCUCAAAAUAACCUAUACUUAGCUUUUUUUUUAAUAUAAAGAAACUUGAGUCAAUAUAAAUAAAUAUAUACAUCUCCUGACAUUCUUAUACUUUAAAUUAACAGUGUGCCGGAGAAAGGCAUAGUAUGUUGACCGAAACGUACUGUUUUUAGCUUUGCAGAAAGUUUAAGUCUCCGGGGCGAAAUUUGAGGGGGGGGAGAGGUAUGGGCCAAAAUACGAAUCAUCUGGAUUGGCAGGGCGAAUCAUCUGGAAUCUGGAUUGGCAGGGCAAUCAUGUAGAAUGUAGAGUUAUUAAGUAACUUACAGGGCUUUCAGAGGGAUUUGCUGCAGGGCCUCAUCGGUUUUGGCAGGGCAAUUCUGGCAGACACCCCCCGAAUUAAAAAGGGGCUAAUUUCGCCCCUGGUUAGUCUGAACAAAACACCCUUUACUUAUUUAAUGCCAAGCUGUACGGAAUUCUGAACCGUAAUAAUGACCCUGCAUGCACUUUGAAUUCGCGAACCUACUGUACAUGUAUAUAUUGCUUUCCGUUUAGGGUCCAAGUGGACAAGCUGGAGUUGCUGGACCACCUGGCACCCAAGUAAGUUCGUUUCCCUUUUCUGUAUUGCUGUGCGUACGCUAUGUACACAAUCAGGGAUAACAUUUGUCAUGGUAAAACGUGGUGAUGUAGCCCAAAUAGACACCAUAGGGCUUUAUAUAAAAUUAUGGGUUAUCAACCAAAAGCUACGUGUACAUCCAGACAUAUUUACCAUUUUUCGUAAUGAAAUCUGUUGACUGCAUAAUCAGGCUAUCGGCAACUUGUCUGCACACAAAUCAAAAUGGGAAUGGGGGGAGGGGGGGUUACUGUAUAUAUUUUUAUCCACUUAUAAAUUAUUCAAACCCUAGAAAUUAGAAUAACUAUGUACGUAUUUAUAAGCAGAACAUGAACAUUUGCCACUGUUAUCUUCGCCACUAGUCAUGAUAUAACUUUAUUUGACAACAAGGUACAAGAUUGAAGUUCAAAUUUUCUUUAGGGUCCACCUGGUACACUCGGUCUCGCAGGUAGUCAGGGUAAACCUGGGCAAAGUGGUGAAAAGGGAGAAACUGGAUCAGUUGGAAGUCAAGGAAUCCAAGGCCGAGUUGGUGAUCCAGGUCUAAGAGGUUCUAAAGGUUCCAAAGGUGAACAUGGUCUUGAAGGUGUGCAAGGUAGUGCUGGACAGAAAGGAGAUAGGGUAAGAAUGUUUGCCUCGUCUUCAUAAAAGCGAAUCAUGAUACCACUUCGUUAGAAGAGUUAGUAGUCAAAAUUGCUGCCAACAACCCACGUUACUUUCAAGAAUCGAAAAGUCGUACCCCAACAGUUUCUACGCCAGGUGUUUAAAUAUACAUCUGUAUACUAAACUAAAGAGUCAUCGAAGAACUCCAUGUACAAAGCUUUCUUUAUAUCUAUCUUUCUUUUUUCUUUUCAGGGUGCGCUUGGCCUACCUGGACCAACUGGAUAUCAAGGAAGUCCUGGUAAUCCGGUACGUUUAUAUUUCUUGGAAAUAGAAAAUGCUCAAAUUGUUUGGAAUAGGAAUUUGUAAAAGUCAAGUGAGAUAAACUGAAGAAAAGCUUAUUCUCUACCCCACUUUACUCUAAGCCAAACCUUAAUUCUUACCCUAAUCUUUGCUGUAAUUAUUACUCUAAUCUUUACUCUAAUCCUUUCUCCAAUACUUUCCCUAAAGCCGGUUUUCCAUUAAGCGGAAUUUUUGCGCGUGGAGCGGAAUUUUUCUUUGUCUUGUGAUUUAUCGGGUGGAACUAAUUAGAAAAGACAAAGAAAAAUUCCGCUCCGCGCGUAAAAUUUCGCCUAAUGGAAAACCAGCUUAAUCGAGUCCUAUCCUAGUCGGAAUCCUAGCUGGACGAGGCUAUUUUUACGAGUGACUAUAUAAGGCAAUUUUGCAGUUUUGGUAAUAUUUGGUCACCUGUUAAUUGCCCCCUGAAAAAAGUUGCUCACACUGCUGUACUCUUGUCCUUACCAUGACCCUUGAUUACUCUAACUUUCAUCUAAUUAAUAGCCCUGAUCUUUACCAUAAUUUUCACCCAACUACUGCACUUUUUACCUUAAUCCUUACCCCAGAAGAAAAAUCAUUCAUUUUCUCUGUCUUAUAUAGGGUACCCCUGGUCCUCCAGGAACUCCUGGCGCACGUGGAGAGAGGGUGAGUUUCAUCUGUAGAUUUUGCUGAAAAUUUAGCCAAACAUAUGAUCGUAAGUUAUCGGCCAAACAUAUGAUCGUAAGUUAUCGUGUUUUCCUGGUAGAAAAAGUACAUGUUGUAGAAAAAAUGUUUCUGUGGAAACUUCCUUACAGUUUUUCCUUACACUCUUUCCUUUCAAUUAAACUAAUUUCAAUUACUCUUCAAUGGAAAAGGUAAUCCGUUAAAAUCUUUGUGAUCAUUUUCUAUUUUCAGGGUCGUAAUGGCCAAGUUGGACUUACAGGUCCUCUAGGACCAAAAGGAAAUGAAGUAAAUAUCAAAUCCUUCAAACAUUACGGUGGAUGUAGUUUUCAUGGGCGUCAAUUGCAAUUCCUGUAUUUACCUUACGAGCAUAGUAGAAUACUUGUUGUACAUACACUUACAAAUUUUAUUUAUAUCAUUAACAGGGUUUAACCGGACCUCCGGGUUUACAAGGAGAUCCUGGUAUUACUGGAAAGAGUGUAUGUAUUAUUUAACAUAUUUUAAAAGAAGAUGUGUUAGCAAUGCUUGGAAGUAUUCACUUACACACAACACUUGGAAUAUGAACUAAAAGUGACAGGGGCAAAAGAAAUAACUCAAAAUAUGAAUUGUUGUAUCAAGAGAAACAGAGUUGAAUUAAUAUUGCAAUGAAUUUUUCGUGUUUAAUUUUAAUUUUACAAGAUGAUACUAUUCUGAGUAUGUUUUUCUUAUAUUUCUUGAAAUUGUUUGCGUAAAGAAUUUUAAAAUAGUCGCAUUAAACUUGUUACAGUAAGUUAAAAAUUUGUGACUUGAAAAUUUGAAUAACACAAGUGUCUCACUAUGGACCCAACAUUUUGUGGUUGACAGAUAUCAUAAGUGUAAAACCGUCAGCUCAGUACGGACAGACACUAGAAUGAGCACAGGAAAUUAUCUGCAUGGGUCGGUUGUAUAAAAAGGUAAUUUAAAGUUAAUUACAGUUAGUGUGAAAGGUAACCAAUAAAAUUUGCGCAUUUUAGAGUUACCUACUAUUUAAAGUAGUAAAAACGUUUUAUACAACCGGCCCCAGGUUUUCAGGAAGUUUUAUCCGUAUACUCAGGCUGUGCUCACAGGAAAAAACUUAUAUUUCCACUUCUGCAAUAAGACAAAUGAUCGAUCUUGUGGAUAUUCAUUUCAUAAACAUAAGUCAUAUCUCCCGAUAACGUUUCUUCAUUAUGAUUCUUCUUAGGGCCCUCCAGGAAGAGCAGGACGCCAGGGUGCAGCUGGUAACACAGGACUAAAAGUAAGUCCGGCUGUGUAAGGUUUGUGUUAGAAUUAGCAUUUUGAAUUAGGAUUUGGAUUAAGGAUUUGGAUGAGGUUAGGAUCAGAUUAAGAUUAUGAUUUGUUUUGGGACAUGGAUUGGGGUGUGGUUUGGUGAUAAUUACUGUACACAGUGAAGGGUGUGACUCAUUCUACAACAUGCUAUAUACGCAUUCUGUAUCCAUGUUUUGACAUAAGUCCUGAACUGUGUAGUCAACACUUUUUGCAGUCCUUUAAUCUAUGUAAUGUUUUAUAUACUUGUUGGAUUUACAAUAUUGCCUUUACAAUAUCGCCUUUACCACCCCUCCUUUACAUCAAUUACGGCUCAAAAUCUGAGAAGUCAAGUCACCAUAAAUAACCAGGGUACUUCUCAUACAGAAAAUACCCUGGUACAAUGCUGCAUAUACUAUAUACAAGUAUAUACUCUGCAAAUGUAUACGUUUCGCAUAUACUAACAUAUUUCACUGUAUUCUCUAGGGUGAACCAGGUUUUGAAGGACCUCGAGGACGUGUUGGACCAAACGGACCCAAAGUUAGUGAUCGAAUAAUUUUCCUGAACAAAUCGAUUCUGUUCCAGAUUCUUUUGCUGUUCUUUGGUGGGCAAAAGCGAGCCUUUUUUGCCAGAAUUUAUAGCAGGAACUGUCUGCUUUGUUAUUCUGCCGUUUGACUUUCACUACCGCUACCACUUAUGUGAUUGGUUAAUCGUAUAUAUCAAACGCAUCUGGUUGGUUAAUCUCUUGAUGGUAGCGGUAGCGGAAGUAAAAUCUGAACCUUUCUAUUGUUUAGAACGGGAGUGCAUAGUUUUUGCCCUUGUAUUAGAAACUAUAAAAUUAGCAACUGUUUUCCAUGGCAUGUCCCAUUCAGUAAUACAACUCACCUGGAAUAGUUUAUGUUAUCCAUUAUAUCUGACCUGUAACAUUGCUUUUUUAGCAGAAAAAUCUCGAUUAUUACAUAUUUUCAGAAUUGAGGCUAGUAGUAUACAAAAGGUAUACAUAGAUAGGUUAUCUGGUGGAUAAGUUCUAUAGAUGAAUGUUAUUGUCUUUCUAGGGUGACCAAGGACUUCAAGGACCUAAGGGACCUAAUGGUCUUAAAGGAGCAAGGGUAAUGCUACUGAAACUAUCAUGUACAUUGAUUUCAUAAAUUCUGAAAUUUCAAAAUUAUUGUAGUUACAGGUAUAAUGAGAAUAAAUUGCCUAGUUUUGAAAUACAGAGCACGGUUUAAUUAAAACAUGCUGUAAUAAUUUAAUAGAUGAACCGCUAUCAAAGCUUUUCCGAAAGAAAAUACAACAACGAAAUAUUAAAAAACCCAGUUCUUAAUUGACAGUUCGGUCCAUUAAUGGUUAUCCAUUAAUAGGGCAACUGAUUCACAAUAUCCCUUUUCAAGGUCGUUUUGUUUUCCAUAUAAUAGACCAGGUCACAUACCUAUUUACCAACGUCAUCAAGCAUUUAAACUGUAUGUAAGUGAAUUGGUGGCAAGUGGCAUUAGCAAGCAUUAGCCCAUUGACCAUUCCCCCAAUUAACCAAAAUUUUGAACUCAACAAGUCUAGACAAAAAUUUCAUCACAGCUUGGAAGAGCAUCACAAAAUUAGUAAUAUUCCAAAGUUUCGUUGCAAAAUGUUGUAAAAUGCGGAUAAUAUAGCCUUGCGAAGUUUGCAAUUUUCAGUCAUUUUAGAUUACAAACGGGAAAUGGUUAUCAAAAUUUUGGAAAAGUGGUAACCAUUUCCCGUUUGUAAUCUAAAACGACUGAAAAUUGCAAAUUUCGCAGGGCUAUAUUAUCCGCAUUUUACAACAUUUCGCAACGAAACUUUGGAAUAUUACUAAUUUUGUGAUGCUCUUUCAUGCUAUGAUGGAAUUUUGUCUAGACUUGUUUAGAUCAAAAUUUUGGUUAAUUGGGGAAUGGGCCAUUAAGCCUGGUUUCCAUAUGGUCGUAACGGUCGUAAAGAUUGAGUCAUGAUCUUUCUCAUCAGCCGAAAUACAACAUUUUAGAACUGAAAAUACGCGGUGUGAUUAUAACUAGAGAAUACUUAUAAUUUAUAUGUGGUUCACAGGUACACACUAUAAUAAACUGGCCGUUGAGAAAGAUCGUGACUCUAUUUUUACGACCAUAUGGAAACCAAGCUUUAGGUGUAUAAAUAAUUGGUAAUAUACAAUUACUUUAUGGUUUUCGUGUUUGGAUGGCCUGAUCCAAACACGCGGGAAUGUUGCGAGGUUAAGAAAAGCGCGCGAAAACUCGAGCAACAUUCCCAAGUGUUUGGAUCAGGCCAUCCAAACACGGAAACCAUAAAGUAAUUGUUUUAUAAUAUAACAACUUCCCGUGUUAAAAUUUCACUUUAAAAAACUUUCACUUUAAAUUUCCGUGUUCGGAUGGCCUGACCCAAACACAGGUUUCGACCAAUCAGAGCACGCGUUAUAUACAUGUUAUUUUAUAAUUUGAAAUUCAAGCUGCGUCCACUUUUACAAACUGAUAUUCCUUAGGCAUGCACAUAUCGGACUAUUACAGUAUGAUUUAAUUCUAUUUACAGGGCAGAGAUGGGCAAGUGGGUUCCAAGGGUGUGGAAGGUCGACGUGUAAGUAUGAACCAUUCUUCUCUCACUAUUAUGGUUGCACUGUUAGUCAUUUAUCAGCUAAUAUAUAACAUUAUUUACACUUGCAAUUUUUGCUGCGAUUUUAGGUGCAAUUUUCUUCUUCUGGUGGAUGUAAACGAGUGGAAGAAUAAUGAAUGUUGAGAUGAGGGGACAUAUAUUCACAACAUUCAUUCCUCAUCUACUCGUUCACAUCCAUCAGAAGAAGAAAAUCGCACUAGAAAUCGCAAAAAUUACAAGUGUAACCAGGCCUUUAGUAAAUAUGAUCGUCGUUUAAUUGGCUCUAAAUUUUUGGCGAGCGGGGCUGGGGAGGGGGAAAGUGGCGGCUUAACAUCAAAAAAAAUUUUCCGGACAACACAUUUGUCAAUCCCACCCUGUGUUUAACCACCGUUGUUCGUUCCAUUUUUCCCUAAUGUUUUCGUAAAUUUCACCACAUUUUAACUAUCAUUCUUAACUUUUAAUUGAUGUCACUCAAAUAUUUUAAUUUUUUCUUCCUAUCCAAAUCCAUAUUUUGCCGACUACCUGAUGACUUGGGGACUGUCCCCCCUCCCACCCCCUUUAGCGCCGUCCCUGAUUAUGACGAUGAUGAAUAAAAGUUACCAUUAUUCUCAUCGUGCAAUAGAACGCUUCAUUUUUCUCUGAAUGAAAAUAUUCUUUAAUAAGUGAAAAUGUUCUUACCAUUGCAUUCAUUAUUUGUAUACCGUACAGUAUUAUAUGUUACAAUAUGUCUUAACUAGAGUGCAUUUUUUAUUUUAGGGACCCCCAGGUGCUCCAGGCCAAAAUGGUAUUGAUGGAAAACCUGGUAGCCAGGUAAGUAACAGGAAAACGUUUUUGCAAUUGAAUAGCUUUGGUUCAAGAACUAAUUGGCCCAGUAAUAUAAGUGAUUCUGUACUACGUAAGUACAAAUGAUGUGCGUUCAGUAUAGCCUGUUUUGGCUAACGGUGAAAUCAUCAUAUCAACUCAAAGCUCACCGAAUAUGAGUGAGGUUAUAAAGUUGAUAUAAACAAAUAGGCUAGAUUAUAGAAUACCCGUCCAUUUCUGAUACUGUUUAUUUUUAUUUUUUGGGAUAGGUGAUACGCAGUGAAUGAAAUGACGUAAUUAUUCGAGUGUUUGGGUUUUUUAAAUAAAGGGACUGGGUAAAUAUUAAGUUUUAAUCAUUCAAGGAUACGGUGAUACGCAGUGAAGGAAAUUACGUAAUUAUUCGAAUGUUUCGGUAUUUUUAAAUAAACGGGGAAACGCAGUCGUUAAUCAAAUAAUUAAUCUAUAUUCUAUUCUCAAUAAUAAAGGGUUAUAAAUAUAUUGUAUUUCUCGUUCUCAAUAAAACCUGCUCAAAAUAAAUAUUACUCAUAUUAUAUAUAUAUAUAUAUACGAAUUCCUAUAGGAUCCUAUGGGAAUCCUAUAGGAUCCUAUAGGAAAUUGGACCAAAAUCUAAUAGGAAUUCCUAUAGGAGUUCCUUAGAUUUACAUAGGAAUUCCUUAGAUUUACAUUGGAUCAUAUAGAAAUUCUUGCAUAAUCCUCUAAAUCAAACUACCUAAAAGAGUUAUUUACCAAGGUGAAGGAAAAAGAGCAAGAAAUAGAGAAAAAAAAAUUUAUUACAGAUAAAAAUGUGGCAAAUAUAACAGGCUAUAUUUACAAAUAACAUACUAAUUUAGGCUAUUUAUCUUUUUAACUUAUGACAUUUUUCAUUGUUCUCAGUUCAAGAAAUGUUUCUUAUAAUUUGUUACUUUUAGAACAUUUUUAGACAUACAAUUCUAUUGUAUUAUAUUACCUAUAUUAUGUAUUUAAAAAAUAGAAAAUUCUGUAUGCACGACAUAAGUUUUAUUUUCUGUCAUUCUUAUACACGACUAUGUUUAGUUCUGAUUGCACAGCAAUGUGUUGUGGCGAAUAGAGUUUCUCACAAAGCCGUAUUAUUACACUUUCCACUUCACAAUCAAUAUUAUGAUCUAACAAACCAUUUGUUCAAGUCCAUUGAUUUCUUCAUGUACAUUUAAUACGGCUCCAAGCACAGUGUGCCACCAGAGAUCAAUCAUAUUGGAAUCUGUAAAAGGAAAACUUUGUUUAUUGAAAAUAUAAUCAUAAUUAGUAAAUUAUACCCUAUAAAAAACUAGAACAAUGGACUUGCAUCCUAAACUGAGACACUCCUCAGUCAGUUAUAAGGGACUAUUAACUCUUGAUGUAAAAACAGUUUUUAAUUAAUAUUUAACAAUUAUUGAAUGAGGUUGAGCACAAUAUGAAGAAUUAUGAAGCCCAAAGUUUGCCGUUAUCAACCGAAGCCAAAGGCUGAGGUUGAUAACGCCAAACUGAGGGCUUGAUAAUUCUUCAUAUUGUGCGAAAACCAAAUUCAAUAAUAGUUUUAUUAUUUAUUUAAAAAAUUCAAAACAAACGGAAGCCAUUUGUAUUUUAUUUGUAUAAAGAAAAAAACAAUUCCUAGUUACUGUCCUUCGGCAGCUGUCGUCGUCGUCAUCAUAUCAAUGGCGUCAGCAAGUCAAUAUGAUUCUUAAAAUCUUAUCGUCAUAGUAAUAUGGCGCAAACACAUCCAAUUUUUUUUCAUAUUGACUCUUUGACGUCAUUUUGCUAUGAAUGUGAAAAAUCCAUAUUUGGUUAACCACUGAGUUGAUAUGACAAUUUCACAGUUGGCUGUUAGCCAAUCAGAUUAUCAGAAACCAGAAUUUUUUUAAAUAAAUAAUAAUAAGACAUUUCCUUUAUAUAUAAGAUAAUUUCCAUAGUUUAUUGUCAUACUCACCAUGAAUUACAAAGACUAUUCAUAUUGGUACAAUGUAAUGCAGGGUGUAAUAUAUAGUAGUAGGGUGUAAUAUCUGGCAGUAAUCAAACCUACUGUCCUGCGAUUCCGGCCUCAGUUGGGUAGAGCGCUGCUCCGGAAGCACAGGGCCGUAGGUUCAAUUCCUGGUCGACGAUUUAGUGUUACAUUUCUUGCAAUCAUUCCUGGUUAUAGGUCUUAAUUCAAUAGUGUCUAUAUAUUGGAUUAUCCACCAAACCCAGUAAUUCUAGUCCAACCAAGUGAAGUGCAAAUAAUAUCUUUCAAGUUGUAAUAUGUAUAGUAUGUUAAGCAGAGACAUGGCCGUGGACAGAGAGUAGGGAUAUGCUGGAUUGGGUUACUAGCAUCCGGCAAAAUAUAGGCCAUCCAAAACUAUCAAUGCCAUGCCACAGAUAUUUAUGCUUAAUAUAGAUAGAGAAUAAUACAUGGGUGCUUGGAAAUACCAGAUUUAUUUCGAGUGUUAAACAUGAUAUCUCACGAGUGAGCGCAGCGAACGAGUGAGAUAUCAUGUUCAACACUCGAAAUAAAUCUGGUAUUUCCAAGCACCCAUGUAUUUUUCUGUUUAUUAUAUAAAGGACAGUCUUUGAAAAGCGAUAAUUUUUACAGAAAAGCGAUAAUUGAAAAGCGAUAAUUUUCACAUGUGAGAUUAUCAUGAAUAAUCUCACAUGUGAGAUUAUCACUUUUAUCAGUGUUCGAAAUCUCUAUAAAGCACUAUACUUUAUAUAAUAAAAAGUGAUAAAGCACAUAUUAAAUCAACUAUUGUUAUAAAUUUGCUCUCAAUACUCUCAGUUAGACAAGCGAUGAAACGUUUCGUUAGGUUCUACAUAUAUUUUCACACUAUAUAUGUUUUAUACCGGACAAGCUGAGACAAGUGUGGACACACUCACAUUUGCAUAUCAAGUCAAUUCAUUAAUUAACUUUACCUGAGUUCAAACACCACAACAAGCAUUAGAUUCAAGGCCUAAGAUUGGUUCAACGUGGACGUUGUCUUACUGAUAUUUGUGUUGUAUCUUAGGGAAUUGCUGGAAAUGAAGGUCAAGUUGGACCACCUGGUGUAGCUGGUCAGACUGGACCUCAAGGUCCACCUGGUCCUAUUGGACGCAAAGGAGAACAGGUUAGACCAACAUAAUUAUUUGACUAAAUUUGGGUAAAUUCAUGCCCUAUACCACAAAAGGAUUGGUCUGUUUCAUAGUGACAGCAUGAAUGUAUGCUAUUUUCCUGUGAGUAAGAAACUGGAAUUGGCAUGGUUGUGUACCCAUUGCAAUUAUGCCUAUUUGAGGUAAAUCUAAAGCCCUAUGACAAUUAGCAGUAAGCCAUUCUUAUUGAUUGAUUAUCCAAUUCAUUGACAUAAUUAUGAACUGAUUGUUGAAAAUAUUACUCAUUUGGUUUCUCUGUAGGGUGUGGUUGGUGUUCCUGGUGAAGUUGGUCCUGAUGGUCCUAAAGGAGAGCAGGUUAGCAUUUACCACUGUUUAUUUUUUUAUAUAUUUCUUAGGAUGUCAGGGUUGCGUACGCUUCUUUUUGGUUUCCCAUUUGUGCACGUACUGCACGGAACCACUGAUGUGGUUUACCAGAAAAUGCAGUAAAAUCCCGCGUAUAAGAAACGUAUGUUUUCCAGAUCAGGGUGAAUAGCGGGAUUUUACGGAACUGUUAAGGGAGUCCAUGGACUUGUCCACCUCGGCGAGAUCUCACGUGCUAAUUGAAUUCCAUAUUAAAAUUUGUUUUCGUUUAUAUGAUAAGAGGGCCAGCCCUCCUAGGAAAGACUUCAACCGAGAUGAUCCGAGAUCUCGCUAUUGACAACCGGAUAUCUCGCCUAGUAGGGCUGAAAAUCUACUAUACAAACCCGCCGUAUCCUUGUCAAACUCAGCUUUUUGAAGUUGUUGUUUUUUUUUCAAUUCAAAUAUUUAGCUGUCGAACAAUGUUGAAUUUUCUGUUGAUUAUUUUUCGAAAAUUUGCUUGGCAAAAUAGAAUUUUGGAAUUCGUAAUAAAAUAGAUGAGUUUUAGGGAAGCCACUAUUUAAUGUUGUUUGCGGAAGCGAGCCCUAUUAACAAGAGGCCUGAUUUUUCUUAUCUAAACACGAAGUGACAACCAGCCCUACUAGCCCUUUUCAUGUAGGGCUCGUGCAAACACUCCCGCUAAACAGAUUAUAAUGUUAGAGUCACGUUGUUUAAAGUUGGUUGGUGUCCAUAGUCUAAUAUUGCAUUCAUUCUGUCUUCUAGGGUGACCAGGGUGUUUCAGGUCCGCUAGGAAGUCCUGGAAACGAUGGCAUCAACGUAGGUUUUUUCUUUUGAAAUAAUAAUUAAUGAAAAUUUCACUCUGCUUGUAUUUAUAUGGUAAUUGGAGAAAAACAACAUUUUUUAUUGAGGUCACGAACUUUCCUGACUAAGCACAAGAAAUUAUAAUAAUUAAUUUAGUUCAUUUGACAACUCAAGCAACAAUUGACAUCAAAGACCAUCGUUGAGAUCCCUGAUGUUAUAGACCAUCGUUGAGAUCCCUGAUACUAACAGACUAAACGUGUAUUACAUGAUGAUUGUCAAUUUAUACUUCCAAUGUAUAAAAGUUCUCAUCUCAAAGCAUGCAGACAUCCCAACUUCCAAAUUCUUUGUUGUUAUUUGUAUAUUUAGACAUCUGUACAUACAUCAACUAAAUUCCAGUUAUUUAUAUAGGCUAUCGUGCAUUAAGAUUCAAUCAGUUCCAAAUUGGUGUUUUAUCUUUUAUCAGUCAUGACAUAAGAUAUUUCCACAAUUAUCAGUCAAAAACGUAGGCAAAUAUCAGUUAACCUCAUUCAAAAGAACUUGUUCCACUAACAAAGAUUCAAGACUUUGUCUUUUUUGAACCUUUGUAUUUCCUUGUGUAUACAGUAUGUCAGUGUAUAAUGUUAUUUAUUUAUGUAUCCAGGGAGCUGAUGGAGAACCAGGUCUGCCUGGUGAUUCCGGUUCUCAAGGAGCCCAGGUUAGUUCGUAUGUUGAUAUGCAUCAUCAAUAAAAAUCCAAUUUCUUCAAUUCUUCCUAAGAAUCCCACAACCGUUGACGGUUUGACCAAUGUUAUACUGAAACCUCAAUUAUUCGUUGAAUUCAGUUUUAUAGCAAAGCUAAUUCUUAAACAUUUUACGACAAGAAAUAUAUUAUAUUUUCCACAAUGUGGCAGUUUUUUUCUAGAAACCUCAAGUACAAAUAAAUAAAUAAAUGUGUUUUUUGCUAAUAAGAAGUGAUAAAACAUACUGUACAUAUAUGAGAAUUGUAUUUUGGAAUAAAUACGUAUUUCUUUUUUGUUUAAUUUCUUCAGGGUGAACGUGGUGAACAAGGUCUUGAUGGUCCUACAGGACCACCUGGAAACAAGGUAAGUUGUUCAUUCCGUAGAAUUUCUAAUUGUAGACCGGCCAAACGUUUUCCCAAGGGAGGGUGGGUUAAUUGAUUGUCCCUUUGUGCUUCGCUACACCCUUAAUAGAGACCUUACGAUCUUAGGACGGCAACGCAACGACAACGGCCAAAACAAACUUCUUCAAAUAAAUGGUAGUAAAGAUAAUUCGUCGUAUAUUAUCAAUCAUAUGAAUUUAACACAGUCUUAGAAGUUGAAUACAUGUGUUUUAUGGUUGGGAAGAGUUCUGCUGAACCCAGUUUGAAGUUGCACUAGUUGCGGCUUGAAAUGUAGCCGUCGUAUCAAGACGUGAAAAUAUGUGAUUUGGCGUUGUAGACAGAGCGAGGACAAUGCCUAAAUUAUUCAUAUAUUGUAAUUAUUCAAUUCUUUUCAAUGAUUUAUUGUAUUGGUAGCCGUUGUCGUCACGUUGCCGUCCUAAAAUCGUAAGGUCUCUAAUGUAUCUUCCGUGAAUACCGUUGAGUGUUCACAGGAAUGACGAAAUGAGCUAUUUCGAGCACAGAAUAAAGAUCUUUAUUUAGAGUUGGACUAUUUGUCAACUGUAGACUUUAUAUAUAUACUAGAUAAAACAUGAGCAGCCGAUCUUUAUCUGAUAUAUAUAUACAAACUCGAGCCGAAGGCGAGAGUUUGUAUAUCAGAUAAAGAUCGGUUGCGAAUCGGAUUAAACAUUCAUUUCUUUUGUAUUUUCCUCACGAAUUGUUAAUGAUUUUUUUAAGCUCAGUUACCCUCGUUAUAUAUAAUGCUCAUUUGAACAACUUGCAACCAUUUGUUACACUCAGCACAACUAUCAAUGAUUGCUCGGGCUUUAAGAGAACCUAAAUCUGAAAUCAACAUUAUUGACUUAUAUACGGCAUCCGACUAUAGAUUCAUCGACGCGCUCCCCCCUGUAUAAAAACAGUAAAUAAAACAGCGCUACGCUUUUGUGGUCCGAAAACCACAGGAUCCAGUUACUCUUUAAUUAAUAUUUUGAGGUUAUUGUCCCUUGUUUUUGUUUUAUAACCCGAACAGUGUAAAUUUAUAAAAAAUUGGUCUUUACGUAUACCAGGGUGAUUAUCUGUAUAUUCCUAUAUAGGGUUACCAAGGAGCGUAUGGUGCGCCUGGCAAGAGAGGAAAGCAGGUGAGCCGUGGAUUCUAGUAUUGUUCUUAUCGAAAUAAAUAAAAUUAGUUCCUUCAAUGGUUACAUAAAGGACAUGAAAGGCGUAGAUGUUGUUUUCUUACAAAUUGAACAAACUACACUAGAUCCAGCUCUUUACUGGGAACAAAAGUUGACAAAUUUUAACGGUGGCGAUGUUGUAACACCAAUGACUCUCCAUGCAUCCAGAAAUUAAUUUUGUUGUAUUUCAACUUCCCUACAUAACAUGCUGCUUGCAUUCCUCACUUUCAUUGUUGUGCCAGUGGCAUGGUAAAUUAAGAGUUUUCCCAACCAUUUGGUAGGUGAGAAAGAAACCUUCAAGUUCCAUUUCUACAGCAAUUUUUAUAAUGGUCUCAACCAUUUCGUUUAAGAUUAUAGCUUUUUUAGUCAUAACUUCUAAAUUCUGUUUGCUAUAUCCAUACAGGUUAAUCUUAUUGGAAUUUUUCAAUGAAUCAAUUGCUUUUAGUUACAGCACUAUACAUGUAUAAGGUUUACGUGUAAUAGGGCUUUGAACACACCAAACGUUUUUUUAUUGUUAUGUUUCAACUUUUUUCUUCUCCAGGGAGGUCCAGGAGAAGUUGGGGAACAAGGUGCACGUGGAUAUUCGGUAAGAAUUUUAAAUGUAAUAAAAAGUAACUUUUCAGGACUCUAGUACUUUUCUCCAAUCUUUGGUUCAAAACUUAUCCAAAAAUAGUCCAAUUGAGUAAUGAACUCUUCGGAAGUCAGGUGCGGAGGGGAAAGUGUAACCCCAAAAAGAUAGUUCAAUCCAUUCUCUGUCCAGGGAUCGGAAUGUUCCAUUGUCAUUUAACGUCCUGAAAACCCCACUACUCUCCAUGGUAUAAUGGUAUUGAUUGUUUUCAAUGAUUUUUAGCAUUGUGCAAAGCGCCCAUUCAUGCACUACUCUUGAAAGCUGAGUAUUCACUAUUCGCCACUGUUUCUCUUCACAUCGCUCUAAAUCAGGAAAGAAAUUCACCCUUCUAUACUUCAACCUACAGUAGCUUCUAUUUGUUUGUAGCAGUCACGAUCAUAUCAAGAUGGCCGAUGAUGUAAUAGAGCGUCAAUAUAUUUCUCCACUCAGUCAAUACUGUUUGGCGCCAUAGCACUCAUGCAAGCUAGAUCCAAACUACUUCAAAUAGGUUACCAUCACUUGGUUAUGACAGCCGAAACCUGGAAUAACUACACAAUAUUUGAAUGUACAAAUCGUCAAAAUCUCCUUACCAGAGUUUCAUAUAUUUUCCUCUACAGGGUCAACCUGGAAGACCUGGUCCAAGCGGUGAAUCUGGAUCUGAUGGAUUACCUGUGAGUAUUUCACAUCAAUAUUCUGGCCCAAAGCUCUUUGAAGUACAUCGGUUUUAGACUUGGUACAAGUCGAUUCGCAUUGCCAGUUUGGCUGCGCGGUUAAGAAAUUGCGACCACUCGUUUUAUUCGCGUGGUUACUCUGCACUUUUGUAUUAUUGAAAAAUUGACAGCAAAAAGGACACGGAAUAUUGAGAAAUUAUUAGAAUACUGUAAGCGUCGAUAAAUUCAGGAAAGAUUCCUUAAUGAUUCGUAGGUAUUUUGUACCGAUAUCUUUCAUAUAUACAUUCUCGAUUCUCGAAAAGCGCUUAUUCCGAUCGAUCGUGGGUAUUAUUAAGUAAAUGAUCAGUUAAAUAAGUGGUGACAAUAUUUCACUAUUUAGGGAAAUGAAGGUCCUGCAGGAACUCCUGGUCAAAUGGGACGUCGUGGUGAAAUGGGUUCUCCUGGCGCACCUGGUCUGCCUGGUGAGAAUGGAGAGAAGGGUAGCAAGGUAUGGUCGUUACAGAAUCAUCCCCAGGAGUACAGUAUCUGUAUUAUAAAAUUAAUGCCCAGCAUAAUUUAUGCACAAACGCCAUGCAUAUAGUCAUGAAUUGAAUAUGAAAUUAUAUAAUGACUACAGUGAAACACGCAAUCUGUGACUAAAUUAACAAACUAAUACACGAAGUAAAUAAUUGAUGCAAAGUAAUGUCUCCAACUAUAGAAUGACUAGCCAACUAAAUAUAACGGUACUAACCAGAGAUCUCAAUGUGUCAUAUACGAUAAGUACUAGACUUGGCCAAGUCCGUCUUUCAAGGGGUUGAAAAUAGCGAUGCACGCAAACGGUCAAAAAAGGCGCGAAAAUAUGAGAGAAAAGUAGGGAGAGACGCACUUGGAUACCCUGCAAGCGCGCCAAAUUUUACCGUCGGAUUUUUCCUACGGAGGCGUGGCUUGCCAGUUGAGAACAACAACAAUUUUUCGCGCCAAUUGUUGCAAAUAACAUUCGAAAUGCUGCGGAUGUCCCAAGUCCGUCUCUCCCUAAUUUUCUCCAGAGACGGACUUGAACCAAGUCUAUGUAAGUACACGUUUUGUUAACUAUAUCACGUUUCUAAUUCUAUUGUUACUGUAAUGAAGAAAUAGAUAAGAUGUAAUAAUUACGUGGUAAGGUGUAGUCAUGGUUUGUGUUAAUGUUUAGGGAGAGAAAGGUAAUCUUGGUUUUGAUGGCAAGCUUGGACGAGAUGGCCGACCUGUAAGUCUAACAAAAUAUUAUAUAAUAAGCAACAUUUCAAAAGAUUUUAGCCUGCGUAGCAGCCGGGUUUUUUGGUUUUUUUUUUUGGGGGGGGGGGGACCGGCUGCCACGCAGGCUAAAAAACUUGCGCACGAUGAAGUCGUCUCAACAUAUAUAGCCUGCGCAGCAGACGGUAUUAGUGAGCGCGAAAAAGUCAGCUAGGCAGGCUACAAGAUAAAACCGUACCCUCAUUAUGGGUGCUUUGAAAAUUUCCGAGUUUCCAGACCAUACCAUUGACUAUGGGUAUCUUUUCUGGCCUUUCAGGGAGAGUUCACUGACCCUUGUGGUUACCUCGAUCAAAUGUAGCGGUCAAACAAAAUAAAACAAUGUAUUUUAAUUCUGUAGGGAAGAAAUGGUAACCCUGGUGCUCAGGGGCCUAUUGGUCGUACAGGUCCUAAGGUAUGUCAAGUAAAAUUCAUAAUCAUAUUCCAACUCGUAGUUUAAUGCAUAAACCAUUCUUGCAGGGUGUGAGAGGUGAUCAGGGAUCUCGCGGUGAAAAUGGACAAACUGGCGAACGUGUAAGUUUAAAACAUUUUACUGUUGAGGUGUUUGAGGAGUGCCAUUUCAUAGGUUAUCUUCUGUUCAAUAUCAUCCUGAUCAUUAUUAUUCCGUGUUUAUCCUUAGGGUCCCCAAGGUAAUGAUGGAAUUACAGGAGAUCAGGGUGAAACUGGAGCACCGGUACGUCUCUUACUUCAGAUUUAAUUUAAGAAUGUUUUACAAUUUAUUUAUUUUUAUUUAUUUAUUUAAUUCGCCUUGUACAAUCUCUUGACAAUCUCUUGUCCCGUUUACAUGAGACUGGGACGAUUUCAUUUCGGUCGUGGUAUUAUACUAUUCAGGGUUUUCAGUUUUGUGUGAGGCUUUGGCUAAUGGCGAUGAAGCUAUGGCGAAAGGGAAAAGCCUAGACUGACUAGACUAUGUAGACUGCACCUGAGUUAAGUUUCACAAUCAAUUCGUGCACACGGAUUAUAUAUUGAUGUAAAAGCUCUGGCGAAUUUGGGUGGGGCUGAAUGAAAAAGUCUGGCGAAAUUCGCCGUUCGCCGGCCUAAACUGAAAACCCUGACUAUUAUUUAACUAUUAUUUAACUAUUAUUUACAAUAUGUUUACCUGAUACCCGGACGAAAAAUUGCUCAGAUCGGUCUGAAGUCAUCCGCUCGCUAGAUCGAACCAACUAUCUUCAGACCAGACUGAAUUCGUAGCGGAAUGAAUGUAAACACAAAUCCAUUUCAGAUCGGUCUCGGCUGUGCUCUCGGCUUCGGAACAAUGCAUGCUCUCACAAAAGCACUAUAAAAAAUGGCGGGCAAGGGAAAUAAAUGAAAGAUUUGUGAUUUUCGUACCAGUCUCGACGUUAUAAAACAUGAAAAUUUUGGAUUGACUUCGGAUUGACUUCGGAUUGACUUCGGAAUGACUUCGGAAUGACUUCGUCCCGGUCCAUGUAGACGGGGCUUCAUUGUUUGCGUCUAGGUUUGCGUCCUUUUACACAUCACUUCUGAAUGUCAUGCACCGGGGUUCACGAUUUCGGAUGCAACGUUUUCUUAUUUACCCUGUUUAAACAAGACGCUCAUCAAGACGAUGGCCCUGCGGAAAACAUGUACAAAUUAAGAGCCUACUAUGGGGCUUCUGUUUCACUUUGUUUGUUUGUUUUUUUCGACUUUAUUUAAAGAGGAUAACAUUUCACUGUACUAUUAAUAAAUUAUAACACCAUUGUGCUCAAAGCAAAUAAUUACAACAAUUCUAAAUUGCUAACUGUUAUACACAAGUGAAAAGGAUCGAUUAUUAUGUCUCAUAGCGAUGAUAAUUUUUGGGCACCUGAAAUGUUUUUUUUUUAAAGUUAUAAGAUUUAAGACGGUUUUCCACUAAGUGAACUUGUCUGCGCGAAGCGACAUUUCUCUUUGUCGACAUUGCAGGAAAGUGAUGCCGACAAGGGAAAAGUCGCUUCACGCGUACGAACAAUAUUCGCCUAUAAAUCAUGUCACGUGUUAUAAAAGUGUAUCACGCUGCACUGCAAAAAACGCCCAACCUGUAACAAUGUUGUUGAAAACAGGCCUGAACAAUAUUUUGCUGCCCAUAUUGUUCCUGGUUGUUAACAAUAUUGUUCAGCAUUGUUCAGGCUGAACAAUGCUGAACAAUAUUGUUAACAACCAGGAACAAUAUGGGCAGCAAAAUAUUGUUCAGGCCUGUUUUUAUCAACAUUGUUACAGGUUGGGCGUUUUUUGCUGUGUACAAUUCUACACGCGUAAAAAUUGAGAAAAUCAAGAACUUGUUGCAAGUUGAUAUCGACAGGCGUGAACAAGGUUGUGCGGCCAACUAUGAACAGUAUUGUCGACAUGUUGUUACAGCAUUGUUCAACUGUAACAACUUGGAACAACAUGGUUGACAACUUGUUCAUAGUUGGCCGCACAACAUUGUUCACGCCUGUCGAUAUCAACUUGCAACAACCUGUGCGUUUUUGGCCGUGUAUGAGCACUACUAAUCUGGUUAGUACUUCAUCUUGCACGGAUAUUUGCAACGAUCUCCCUAAGUUCCUAAGGAUGGUGGUGCACGGAUCCAAAAUAUCCGUGCAAGAUGAAAUGGUCACCACUAAUCUCCUAAGAAGCCGCAUAAGUUUCUCAAUUUGCAUGUUUGAUAGGGAUUUUGUUUAACCAGACUCGGUGACAAUUUCAUUAUAUAGGGACAACAAGGACCUGACGGCCCCAAGGGUAACCGAGGUACAAAAGGUGGUAAGGUGAGUUAUAUGUCAUAUAUGUAACAGUGUGAAACUCAGCAACGAAACUUAGCUUCCCCUAUGAACCUUAGCAGUGCUUGCGUCACGUAAUUUUCAAAUAAUGGGUCAUUGAUCCUUUCAUGAAUGCAUUCAUGAAUGAAUGCACACAAUGCAUUCCAGAAGUCCUUUGCGUGACGUCUAUACGUAUGUAUAUUGAUUGGAUUUACUAAUUCACCAACAAGUUCACCAUUGCGUUUUGACAUAAUCAAUAGAAAUUACAGGGGGGAGGGGGUUAAUAUAGGAUUUCUGAUAAAUAUCUCUUUUCUACAGGGUGAAAAAGGUUUCAAAGGUGUGGCGGGAUUGUCGGGAGCUCCUGGUGGACCGGUAAGGGCUCAGUAAAAUGACGUUACGGAAUACAACACUGAAAAUAUGUGGGGGCAAGUGUACUUUAGCGGAUUCCUGCAUCAAUAACGUACUCGACGCGUGCAUGUGUUGUACCCUAAUCAGUUUUUCCCUAGCGGAACUGCACUCUAGCCAUAGUAUAUGUAUACUAGUGAAGACUUUCUAUAACUAUACAAAGGGGACCUGCAUUUAUAAAAUUUAAGUCUCUCUCUCGCUCUGUUUUCAGAUACGGAAUUUUUAACGGACUGUGAGAAAGUCUAGAUACAGUACAACUGAAUUGUUGAUUGGGAAAUUUUUGUGUUUCAGGGUGAACAAGGAGAACGUGGUGAUGAAGGUGAUAGUGGAGCCAGUGGAAGACCUGUAAGUCCCCAAUUAUCCCAUCCGUUUUAGACACUAGGAACCCUAAGCAUGUAGGACACUAGGACGGCAACGUGACGACAGCAAACAAACUCGUUGAACUAAAUGAUUUUAAAGGAAACCUGUCAUCUAUUACCCAUUCCUAUAUAAUAACGAUAGUUUAUAGUUUUUGUCGUUACAAUUAAGAGUGUAUAAUUUGAGGCUGUUUCUUGUCACGUUCCAGUACUAUAUUAAGUCUUGCUUUUUUUAAAAUUAAUAUUUAUUUUCAGGAAGCUUUCUCACAAAGUGAUUUUCAGAAAGGUCCUGAACUAAAUAAACAAAUUUACAAGGAAGACAUGGAUAUACUACAUGUCUACAUAACUAUGAAAAAUAUUAAAAAAUUAUACGAGGGAAAGUUGAAAGAUUGCUAAAAAACUUUCUCUUAAAUGUAGAAAUACUACUAGAGAGUUUUAUCUUUCUGUCCUAGUUGUCCCAGUCUGUUAUUGGCUGGUAUAAGCGAGUCUUUGCUUUCCCCAAUUCCUUGACACUUUAGGUGGCCUUAAAUUGUCCUUAUAUCGCGUAUUGAGUUGUGUAUUUCUCUGUUCGCUAGAAGUUCAAAUCCAUGUGAGGUAUGAUUAUUUAGACACUUAAAAACAAAUAAGCAUCUAUGAUACAAUCUACGUUGUUCAAGAGUGGUCCAGCCUGAAGUGUUUAACGCGUCUGUUGCCGAUGAAAAAAUGGUCUAUCUAAACAUAACAUCUGCAUAGUCAAAGAUUGGGAGUACGAGACUGUUAUAAAAAAUGAUUCGUGCAUUAAAUGGUAGCAGGUGUUUAAUCCUACGAAGUAGACCUAGGCGUUGAUUGACUUUAGCGGAAAUGCGAUCUAUAUGUUCUGACCAGGUGAAGUUGGCUGUGAUGGUGACUCCUAUUAAGUACUUGAAAUUGCUGGCGUUGGAGGCUUCAGUAUUGCUGACAGAGACAGAUAUCGAAGAUAGAUUACACAACUUCCUAUCACUGCCUAUAAUCAUUGAUCGAGUUUUAUUUAAAUUCAGUGUGAGCUUAUUCUCCUUCAACCAAAUCGUUAACUUAAGUAAAUCUUCAUUAAAAUUUCUUUCAAGAUCAUUGACAUCUCAUGAGGCGUAGCAAUAUAAGACUAUGUCGUCGGCACACAAGGAAACAUUGCAUCUAUUGGUAAUACUGGGCAGAUCGUUUAUGUACACGAGAAAGAGAAGUGGGCCCACACUUGUGGAGUAAGAUGCUGUGGUCCACUGUAUCGAAUGCCUUCGACAAAUCUAUAAAUACAGCUCCACAAAGCCUUCCACUCAUUAGAAUGUUAGGGUUUGUAAUCCAAGUGAGAAUAUAUACAUUUUAAGACCUAACCAGGAACGACUGAGAAAAAUGCAGCACAAGGUCCUCUGGUAGGAAUUGAACCUACGGCCCUGCGAUUCCGGUGCAGCGCUCUAACCAACUGAGCUACAGAGGCCAGCUGUUGAGCUGUAACCGUAAGUUCAUGUAUAUAUAGGUAAUCGGGUGUGCGGGCUGUGAUAAGGUGGACUUCAAUAAUUUGUGAUAAGGUGGACUUUAAUAAUUAUUGAAGUCCACCUUCCACUCAUUCCAUGUUGCUCAGAGUUUCAUCCUCAAAGUUGGUCAGGUCAGUGAUCGUUGAGUGCCUUUGUCGAAAUCCAAACUGAUUGCUUGUGAGCAAGUUGUUAGUAAUUUUGUGGCUAUACAAUUGCGAGUGAACGGUUCUCUAUAAGAUCUUACUUAGAGCAGGCAAGACCGAGAUAGGACGAUAGUUUGUAGGAUUGGAACGUUCACCUGAUUUAAAUAGGGCCGUGACCUUAGCGCAUUUCCAAAUCUUUGGGAAAUGAUUGCUCUUGAUGGAAAGAUUAAGUAAUCUUGUAGAUUGUACAGACGCACUUGCUGAUUGUACAAGACGCACAUAUUAAGAGUCUUGCGCUUAUUUUGUCCAAACCGAUAGCUUUGUUGGUCUUUAAAGUCUGGAGUUGUGCAAGAACAUAGGAUUCUUGUACUUAUUCGAGCUCAAACAUUGUUUCCGGGACAUAAGUGGGACUUGCCGUAAGUGUUUGUGAGACAGUUGUAAACUUUGCAGCUAAGGAUUUUCCGACUGAAACGAAAUAAGUGUUAAGGGCAGUGGCAAUAGAUUUGGAGUCUGAGUGUUUUACUCCAUCAGUGACAAUGUACCGAGGGGUCGAGCUCUUGUUAUCGCGUGACGAAACUUCGUUAACCGCCUUCCAAAUCCUGCUGGAGUCACCUUUACUUUGUUCAAUUAGCUCGCAGUAGUAUUUGGAAUUUGCCGAUUUAACUUCUUUAUUAACAAAGUUUCUCAAUUGUUUAUACAUAUUCCAAUGAUAGGUUUUGUUGGACUUUACAGCUUUGCGAUGAUGGUAGUCGCAAUCUUGCAUUGCUUCGCUAAUCUUACUGUUCAUCCAUGGUACUUGUGUGCCUUUUACACGACGACGUUUGACAGGUGCAUGGGCAUCGGCGAUAUCGCAGAACAAUUUAUUCCACAUGAGUACUGCACUGUCAAUAUCGUUUUCAUUUUCGACAACGUGCAUGCCAAGGUACAUUAUUCAUGUACUACACCGGAGUCGACAAUACGAUGUUGAUUAUUGGCGAAAACCAAAUAAAUCAAUGACCGAGUGGUGUCAGUUAUUCUAGUUGGAUCUGUUAUAAUUUGAGACAUAUUCACGGAACGUGCAAAGUUCAUAAAUUUUUGCUUAUUCUGUUUGCAGCCAUUACAUUGAUCUAUAUUGAAAUCAACUAAUAAAAUCAAUUCACAUUUAUCCAGAUCUAUCUUAGACAAGCAAUCAUCAAGUUCGCCACAUUCAUUCCUGCGUUGAAGUCGUCACGCAUAAAAAAUGUACAUGAGUGCAAUUGACAAAAUAUACGACUCAUUUAUUGGCUUUGACUGCAAGAAUUUCAACAGUUUACUGUUGCUACUGAUUUUAAGUGACUUGAGAUUUCAUGCACUCAUGAUCAACCCAAACAACCAAUCCCUGUCAAGAAGCAUUCCAUUUAAUUUGUGCAUCGAUUUCAGGGAUUGCAUGGGCCUGGGAAAUGAAAAUCAGUGGCACAAACUCCUUAUAGUGCCCAUUUCUUAAGAAAAAUACUGAGAUCCCCAUCAGGGAAUUUUCCGAUAUUUCGUUUCGCGAAGCCUCUUCUGAUCAAUUUGUCAGUUCGAUCUUGAAAUUGCAUUGUCUGCCGUUCUUGAUCUCAAGCUGGAACUGUUGCCCCCAUAAUUUACGGUUGAAUUAUGUGCACGUGACAUCCAUAGUGUCAAAAAUGUAACGUCGGUGCUUAAUUUAAAUUCUCUUUUUUCCCCCAGACCGGAUACAAUAGGUGUGUUUUGCUCAGAUACCAAGCGCUUCCUGAGUUCUCAAACAUUUCCUCUGGCCGUAGCCAGCCCCAAACGAGUAGGCCGCCCUAAUCGUCCAGCCAUCCGCUAUUUCAUACAUUUUAGUUGUUCAUUUUACGCCUCUGUGAACGACAUGAAGAGCGGCUGCGAUGGAGACUAUCUUGUCCCUGUCAUAAACAUAUUUUUCUUCUGAGGUAUAGCCAUGGAUAAUAAAAUACAUGGAUAGGAAACUAGCUGACGUGACCUAAUGUUUUCAAUGGGAUGAUAGCGUUGAAACCUAGUUGCAACCAAAUUCUCAAAAAAUGGCAUGUUUAGCAAUAAUACAGCUAAACAUUUUAGUCAAAGAGCAAAUAAAUAUAACUAGGCCAUUUUACGAUGAAAUCUCUCUGAAAAAUGCAUCGCAAAUUUCGUUGUAAAAAAAUACAAAACAAAGGCGAAAAACAUUUACCUUGAAUACUUUGUCGUGGCUUAGGCAUGUUUUUAAAACAAUUAGACCAGUUUAUGCUUCAAUAUUACUCUUUUAAAGCGGAAAAUAUAGGAAACAACAAAAAUGCUGAGAACUUUGGCAAUACGCGUGACGUCACAGAUUGCAACUAGGUUUAGACUGUGACGUCAGGAAGUUUCCUAUCCAGUUAUUUUACAAUCCAUGGUAUAUCUAAUUAAACUACAAGUUAACUUUGUCGUCUUUGGCUACCUGAGGCGACGGUUGUACAAAACUCUUAAUUACGUUUAACUACUGCCUGUUCACGCUGGAAUACGCAAUUCUGAUUGGUUGGCUUUCGUACUGAUCAUAUAUAGUUAAGUUAAAAUUAUAACCUUAUAUUAAUUAGUUCUUUAUACAACCAGCCUCUGCAAAGGAAGUAGAUGUACAGAUAUGUCUUGUUGUAUUUUCAGGGCGGCCCAGGUCUUCAAGGAGCUCGAGGACAAACAGGACCAAUUGGACCUGUGGUAAGCACGCGCACUUUCUGUUUUUAUUACGCACGUGCAUUUAUAUUAAACUAAUAUUUAUAAAUUUAAGCCUGCUUUGCUGGGAUGGGAUAAGAAGCGGGGUAAUUUUGAGCUGCGAAAUUAAGGGAAUAUAAGUGACGUUUCAUGUGAUUGAAGCUAGCAUUAUUUUCUUGGCAUACCAGGUUGUCCCCAAAAACGUUACACUGUCACUGUCUGAUUUACGCUCAAACAUUAUUAUUACAUUGAGCAAAAACUAACUUAAAACUAAUAUUCAGUCCAAAAAAAGCUACGCUGUUUUAUUGGGUGGAACAUAAAAGCUACAACUAGCUUAAAUAUAAGUGUUAAUAAAUACCUUUGGUUAAAUAUUGUGUUCAAACAAACGCAGCAUAAUUGUUCCAAUGGCAAAGAUCAAUAUUUUUCAACUGAAAGUAUACUUGUCCUUCAGCAAGAAAAGAUCGUCUUGGUCGGAAAACCAUGCCAUCAAAGGAUUUUUGGAUAAUUUAUUGUUUUAAAGUUCUACAAGUGCCUCAAAUUGCCCCAGGACGUUCCAAAUUUUUCGCUUUAAUUAAGUAUCCAUAAGGGCAAGGGGUAAUUCAACUCGUACCUUUGUAUUGAAAUGUUUUACAAUAAAGCAGUUAAAGCACCAGUACGUUAUUUAAUAUAAUAAUCCAUUGCUCGCAUGUUUCUGUGCCAAGAAAUCUCAUUACGUUUAUACUAUUACGUUUAUAUUGUGUUGGAUAGGACGAUAAGAUACCCAUCAUGGGUACCAGAGGUUUUCCACGCUCGCAAAAAAAACUCACGUCACAUAACAACGGACUUUUGUCCAUGCUCGCCUAUAUAUUUUACAAGCGUGGAACAACCUCAGGCACCAAGCCCAAGGGUAGCGACAGGACCAACCUAAAUGAUACUAUACUGUAAUGCUGACUGAUUAAUAAAUAAAACUAAUAAUAAUAACUGAAAACUUUUUGUAUUAAUCCAAAGAUUAAACAUGUAAAAUGUAGGAUGGCUCAAUAUUGUCUUGAAGACAGAUCCUGGAUUGUCUAUGAUCAAAUUCACCAGAAAUUGCUCGGAAAAUAGUGUUCUUGAUGUACGUUACAGAAAGUUAUCCCGUACAUCUGGUACAGUAUAUAUAAGCGAAGCUUUAUUUUAUGUUCUAGGGACCACCUGGAUUACCUGGCAUUUCAGGAGAUGACGGAUUAGAUGGAGCUAAGGUAGAUCAUUAAAUAUUUACAACCAUAAUUCUACUAAAACCUGGCCAGGCUCACAAGAAAACAUUGUUAGGAAAACUUCCGCGGCCAUUCAUUUUUGCUAAAGGCCGCCAAAUUACAGUGGGAACAUGAUCAGGCUCGAACAUAAAGAUCUCAAGCCUCAAGUCCCGUUCAAACCAACCCAAUCCGUCGAACAAUGUUGGACAAAUUUGAGUAGAAAGUUUGAAUAAAGUCACACCGUUCCAAUAUUAGACAUGUUGUUCAAACAGACCCAGCAGUGCUCCUUCCAACAAUAGACUAAUCAAGGACACCGUUCGUCAGUACACAUGCAGUUAAUAGAAAUAAUGAGUUAAUGAAUAAGUCUAAAAAAGGGAGUAAAAUACAUCAGCGAAGAACUGAUAAUAAUGAAACGAUUGAUCCAACUCACAUUCCAAAUGUCUUCGAUAAAUAGUUUGUCGAAUUGGGAGACAAACUAUCUAAUGAUAUUACCUCCAUCUACUCCCGAAAACUGCUUUGCUGAUUUCGCGAAUGUUCAGCAAGUACUAUGUUGUCUUAAAGAAAUAUCUGAGAUCGAAAUUUUAAGAUUGUUUUAUACUGAGUGACUUUAGACCAACAUGUUGGAUUUGUUUGAAUUGGCCUUUUAAGAAAAAAAAAUCGUGGAAAGAGGGAAAAGAAAGAAAAAUUUCAGCACAAGCAGACGUCCGAAAAUAAAUGCAAGCUGAAAAUUCCCCAUCGGGCCCAUCACUUUUCUAAUGGUUCGCCCCUAAUAGUAUGCAGUUGACUGUUUGCAUACAUAAUUUGUAACAUUCUGUGCAUUAGCCUGAAGAUGAUUGAGGUAUUAAAUCGAACAUUUACCUUCUUAAAUGUGCUUUUAUUGAUCAAAACACGAUUUAAAACACUUAAUUUUCGGAAUGCUUUCAUUUUGAUGAGCUGCAUAAGUGUCAGCCAAGACGGUUUUCACAAAGUGUGAAAGUGCAUCUCACUAUAAACAAUUGCCAGAUAAAUUUAAUGGAUUUAUUUAUCAUUAUUUUCGCUCUCCCAUAAGUUUAAAUACAUAAUUUGAACGUAGUAUGUGGCAACAUACACCCACUUAUGUUUGCAAUAUAUAAAUAUUAAAUUGUAAUCUUUCAUGUACUAUUUAAAACAUGCAUGAGCAGCAGUGUUUUAUCAGAUAUAAAGUUACGAGGUGAAGCCAAGUUAUAAUGAUUAGGGUUAGUAUAAAAAAUUAUAUUUAAAUGGGGGGUGUUAAUAUGGGAAAUUCAUUCACUCUAGGGUAACCGUGGUCAACCUGGUUCAGAUGGUAAGACUGGACCACCAGGUCCUCCUGGUAGUCUUGGUUUUGAUGGUGAACCUGGUCAAAAUGGUGAAUCUGGUCAAAUAGUAAGUUAUCACCUUAACUAGUAGCGAUAGUUAUGAAUUUUUUGUACCUCCAUGUGUAGUAGGAGUUGUCAUAACAAGCGAAAUAAUCUCUUCUAUUUUAGGGUGAUCCUGGCUCACCGGGACAAAAUGGUGCUAAAGGUGACAAGGGCGCCACAGUUAGUAUGAAAAUUAAAACUGUCUGUUUUCCGUUUUCACACAUUUAUUUUCUACGUUAUUAUGUACGCUACACAACUACACAAGCCAGUUCUACUGCAAUAUGUAAGUUACUGGAUAACUUCCAACACAUACUAUAUAAGCAUUUUAUUAUAUAAACAUAAGUGUUAUAUAGAGUUUUUAGCCACUGAGAAAAAUCGUAUUUAAACACACGUAAAAAAUACGAUAUUUUUACGUGUGAAAAUAUCUUUUGUUGUAAAACGCAUUACCACGGACGUUUUAUUGUUUUUCACUGAAUUUUGUUUAUAUAAUAAACAGAAAAAUACAUGGGUGCUUGGAAAUACCAGAUUUAUUUGUCGUGUUGAACAUAUCUCAUUCGUUCCACUCGUGAGAUAUCAUGCCGCGCACCCAUGUAUUAUUCUCUAUUUAUAAUAUGCAGAACAUCGGAUGUGGACCUCAUAUGUUCAGUAUAGCGACAAUUUCAUUUCACAUAAAUAAUUUUCCUCCAACAAAUGAAUACUAUGCACUCUUAGGUAAUACAGUAAUACUUAGCCUACCUGUAUAGACUGUAGGAUAUACAGUAACACAUGAGCUGCAGUCGUAACCUUUUCUAGUAAAUGUGUGCAUAAAUCUGUUCUUUUUUUCUCUAGGGAUUUCCAGGACAACAAGGAUCACAAGGGGCAACUGGAAAUGCUGGACAGAAGGUACAUUUUUGGAUACAUUUUGUUAGUGAUUCAUUCAUCGUUGGGUUAAAUGACAUAUUCACAGAUUAGGUAAAUACAUCUGUGACAUAAUCGUAUCAUUUAAUAAUCAUUCUAAGAAUUCAGUGAUCCACUUUUGGGAUUUAAUUUUUCGAUCUUAGAAUUUAAUGAUUCAUGCUAAGGAUUCAAUGAUUUAAAGUGUCCAACCGAAUCUAAUAUCAGUGAUCUGAUUUAGUUCCAUUCGGAAGAUUUGACAGAAAUUUCAAAGAUUAUAAAUGUGUUCCCAAGCUCGUGGAGAGGUGUACAAGGACCACAUUUUCAGCUCCAUCCGCCAUCAAAUCUGGUCAGAUCUGCAAUAUUUGAGGCUGGAACCAGAACUAGCUCAGUACAUGCAUGUUGCUUUGUUGACUAAGAAUAAAUAUUCUAAGUAAUGGCCCUUUGCAUAACAUUAUGCCAUUCAGUAAUCGGAAUGUUCCAUUGUUUUUAAAAUUCCACUGACUGUUUUGACAUAUUUGUGACAUCUGGUCUCUCAUUGUUUUGGCAUAUUUGUGACGUCGAACACGUUUUCCCUCGCUACGGCGCAGCAAAUCAAAGCGUCUGGAGACGUCAGACGAGGCUGGGUUUUUAAGCAAAUGAAUUCAAAGUAUGGUCGAACUGCAUUCACGACCCACCGUUUUGACACUCCGGUGUAUUGUCUUCAUCAAGGAUGUGCAAAAGUCUCAACGCUGUUCCUUAUACACCCGAGGAUGACGUCAGAUGACAUGAUGAUUCAAUGCCACGACUCUGGCCAUAACGACGAUUAGUGCCACUUACAUGAUUAGAGUAAACCUGGUGCUAGGGUUGGGCGAUAUUUCGAUUUAUCGCGAUAUUUUCAAUCACGAUUAUCGUAUCGAAGGCAAAAACUUGAGCGACGAUAUAUCGAAAUUAUCGUCAUGCUCGAUGACCAUUGUGAUAUUGCUUCACAUGUGUAUAUAUAGCUGUUAUAAAAUCCUAAAAAAAUCUUUCAAUUCCCUAGAAAAUAUUGUUUUUAAAAGAAUUAAAACUAUUUCCUGAAUUAAAUACGAAUUCAAUACGAUACAAAAGCUAAUAUUUAUGUAUUUAUGAUCUGCUGAACAAUGAAAUUGCAGGCUUUGCUUGCGCUGUGUGGCCACAGCAUUUGUGUCAGCAGAGACACAGUAGACACUGCAUAGACAGUUCUGGUUUAUGAACAGUAAAUAUUAGACUAGACAAAUCCUUCAUAUUUCUUUAAUUUGUUGUUUUACUUAUUUUUAAUAAGAUUAAAUAUAAGCUUACUAUGCAAUGAUAUUAAUUAAAAUUGAAAAAUGUGGUCAUUAUUUUUAUUGCAUUUAUCGCGAUAUUAUCGAAUAUCGUGAUAAUUUCCUUGACAAUAAUCGUGAGAUAAUUUUUUUAAUAUCGCCCAACCCUACCUGGUGCCCAUGACCGAAUAAACUGUAAACAUUUGUGACGUUAUGCUUAGGGCCUAUUACCCUGUAUGGUUUGGAGAACCUUGUUUUUGCACAAACCUGGACAAAAUCCUAAAUUAUAUCUGCACUGUAAACAAGCUAGAAAAUAUGUGCCAAAUAUUGUAUAAUUUUGAAAUAAGUUAUUUCGCCUUAAAUUUUAUGCAAUGUAUAGCUAUAGCCUACCAAUGCUUUACUGGUCAAAAAUUAUUGUUACAGCUUUGUUACACAGUUAUUCAACUAUCAUUCAAGGCAUUUAUAAUUAUUUUUUUUGGGGGGGGGGGGACGAUUGCCGUUCUCCACAGUGUCCGCCACUGGUUGGAUAACUUUCUGUACUUGGCCAUGGAAACGUAUGUAAAGAGAGUUUGGUUCGAGGGCUAAUCGUUUGGCAUUAUAAUGCCCUCUGUCUCGAGUGAAUUGGGCCACCAUGCACACUGUGUAAUCGACAUUAAGUAGCUCAUCAUUCUCAUCACAUUUCAUGCUGUAGGGAGCAACCGGUGAAAGUGGAGACAGUGGGAAAAGUGGAGAAGAAGGGGUGAAGGUACGUAAUAGUUUAUUGAUGUCGUCACGUUUUCUACUAUGAUACUGAGAGCUACAUCCACCGUAGCUGUGCUCCGUGAUCAGACGUGAAUCAUAAGGUGGCUGCCAGAGGCGCCCUUGGUAAACCUUUGACUGGAUUAGAUUGAGCUACAUCCUUCGCAAUUCAGCUUAGCUCUCAGCUGCAAGUGGUUGGUACACCCAACUUACUUACUCACCCCACUUACUUGAUUGUAGGGUUUUGAUGGCCCAAGAGGCGAAAAAGGUGCAAGCGGUGCUGAUGGAGACAAUGUAAGUUUGUGGUUAUAAUUUGCUUUCACAUUAUUACAUCGCUACAUAGUAAUAAUCUGUUUACAAAAUAAUUCAUUUAAAACAACCAGAACCUCAUCAGACAUCAUCAGAAGUCAUAAGUAAUAAUUUGCAAGAAAGAACCAACUGCAUUGUUCUGUUUUGGUCACAUAAUUAUUAAGACGUGGUGAAAUAUUUAGAUUUGAUGAAUAGAUGGUAAAUCCUGUGUUUGGAUGAAUGCGGUGAUCACAGUGUAGUUCCGUCGUGACUAUUUUUAUUUAUCAUAUACACGGGAGGUGGAUAGUGCUUUUUGCGCAUUUUGAUUGGUGGCUAGCGCUCAGCUCCGGAUAUCCUAGCACUAUUCACCUCUGCUUCUGUAGUAUAUUUUCAUAUUAUCGACCAAUUCUGUAGUCUAUGCUUCAGUAUUUUCAUACACCGUGGAAUAUUUAAAAUGGAGAUAGAGAUUGUCCCCCUAUAGUUGUUUUUGUGCCGGUCACCCUACUUGGUUUAGAAAAAUGCAUUGCAUAUUUGUGUAUAACCCGAAAGCGUGGUUGGUCAGACAGAAUUCAAGGCAUGCUCCCCCAGAAAAUGUUUGAUUUUCUAUUUCCUUCAUUCUGGGAGUUUAAUACAGAAUCAGUAAUGAUAAACAGCGACACAAUGACUAUAAUUUCAUGGUCUUCCUGCAUUCUGGGAGCAGUUUUAAGAAAAAAUAAAUCUCGUAAACAGUGACACAUGCAAUGACUAUAAAAUUUCAUAGUGUGUCUCACAAUUGUACUACAAGUGUCCAAUCAUAAGAAUUCAAGUAUUCUUCAUCAGAAAUUCAAGUACUCUUCAUCAGAAAUUGAAUAAAUUUCAUUCAGGAUCUGUUUUCUCCAAACUGUUUUGAAUUUUUCACAAAAAAUCUUACUGAGUUACGGGUCUGGAAUUAACUAACGCAAGGCUGGUUUACACUAUCAAAGUUUCUGUGAUCACAGAAGGGUUUUGAAGGGUUUGUAAGAAAUGUUUUAACAGUGUUUUAACACCGAUUCAGUCAAUAAACACAAGUAUAUUGAUCACAAUACAAUUAAUAAAACUAAACAGAGAUAACACUUGUUUUUGAAGUAGGGAUAAGAACCAGUGACUCGGAAUAACAUGUUAUAUAAGAACCACUUCAGCCUUUCACCCAAACAAAAGCUAGUGGUUCUUUUGUGCGAGUUUUUCCUGUAGAUUAUUAAUUUAGUAUCAAGUUCUUUACCUAAAUGACACGUUUAUACAUGUAGGGUGCAAAUGGUGCUGAUAGCGACCAAGCUGGUGAUCCCGGACCAACAGGAGAUCCGGUGAGUAAAUACAUUGUACACUAAACGCACCAUUCAUCUAGGGCCGCCCAGAGACAUAUGGGGCCCGGGGCAAAAUAUGAAUGGUAAAGUCCUGCAUUCUGGGAGACUAGUUGACAGUUAUAUCUAUGUAUAUUUCACUUUACUCUUCAUUCAGCUGCCCCUGCAUAUUUUUUAUCUGGGUGCUCCCCCCCCCCCCUAUUGGAUGCCCCUGCGUAUACAUCGUCUACCUCAUGACUGUAGAUUUACUAUUCGAGUUUGAAGCCUCGUUUACAUGAGACCGAGACGAAGUAAGAUAGAAAAUUGAAUUUGUAUGGUAACAGGUAGCAUGUGAGCAGGAGGCUAGUUAGUUCAGUGGGCUAGUUGUGACCGCUCAAGUAUGCAUAGUAUACCCACAGGAAUAAAGAAAUAUUAAUCAGCUCAUCCCAAUUGCUUUAAUUGUGUUCUGGGAAUGUAAUCAACAUUGAAUGGUGGGGGUAAGUGCAGGGCCUAUCAGAGAAAUUUGGGGCCCGGGGCAAAGUUUUGUUUCGGGGGGCCUGUUUUUCCCGAAAAUGUUGGCGAGCGAGGGGGGGGAUUUUUUCCGGAGUUUCAAAAAAGGGUAUAAAAAAAUUUUCGGGUCGAACAUUACUUAAACUAACAUUAGAAAAAGUUUUUGCCCGACAAAUUCCUGUUACAACAUGGGUCAAACCCUUUUUUUCAAUUCGAUCAAUAAAUGUAAAAUUGUGGUUUAGAAAAUUUUUUCUCCUACCAUUAUUUAUAUCAAAAAAGUUCGAAAUUAUAUUUUUUAAUUUUGAAAAUGUGGGGCCAAAUUGCCCCCAGUGCCCCCCCCCCCCUCUGAAAGGCCCUGGUUAAGUGUGAGGUUUUUCUAAAUUUGUGAUAAUAUUACGAAGUUAGUAAAAUAAGUGUCGCAGAUGUUUUGUCCAGGAUUGUAGGACCUUGCUCACCGUACGAGUCAAUUAUGUAAGCAAAAAUAAAUAAAUUCAUUUCUGCUUCUAGGGUCCUAAAGGUAGUGCCGGAGCUCCAGGAAAGGCUGGUCCACCAGGCGGUACAGGCCCUCAAGGUUCACCAGGUCUUGCAGGACAACCUGGUAAUCCUGGUAACCAGGUACUGUAUAUUCAAUUCAAUUUACUUCAACUCCAUUUCAGUAAUAUAGUAUAAUAGAGAAAGUUGAAAAUUAGUUAUAAACUAAGCUCGUGAAGCGCAAAAUAAGGGAAAUAUACAUGUCACUUGACGUGGUUCAUGAUCUAAACUAAUUGCCAAUAUAUGAAGCUCGCCAUUGGCUUGUGAUCCUUCUGAGAGAGUUGUGAUUGGUUUAAAGAUAUUGCGUCACUGAAAUGGUAUCAUCUGUGCAUCUGUCUUCGAAAAGAUCAUGUAUAGCUUUUGACUAAUGAAAAGGCAGAACGAACUAUAAUAUUAUGUAAAAAUUAUUAUGAAAAAAUGUAGAUACACACAGGUUAACGUGGUAGGAACAUUAGUGAUCCACACGCCCCGGUGGCUCAUGGGCCAUUUCUUAUUCUUACGCCAUGUUAUAACGUGAUAUUGUGUAUGUCCAACUGAGCAGACAACGGCAAAAUGUUAUCUGUUUCUUAACUAUGAUUACAUAUCGUCUAGUGUGUGGAAAAAUACUGCACAAGAAGUAGAUGCUGUUACAUAACAAAAUAACAUACACGUGGAUAAUAAUUAUGUUACCGUAAACCUCCGAAUAUUAGCCCCCUCCCGAAUAUAAGCCUCCCCCCCCCACCCGUGUAUAAGCCCACCACAUGUACUAACGCUCACCUCAUUCCAAAUAUAAGCCUCCCCCCGAAUUAUAAGCCCCUCCCCCCCCCCGAAUAUAAGUCCACCGAAUAUAAGCUCAGUAGCCCAUUGACAUUGUUUUUUUUAAUAUAGCAGAGAACGAUAUUUAAAAACAUUGUCAUUGUCUUUAUAGCUUACUAUAUUAAUCAAAGCGCGUUAUUAAUACAUGUUUAUUUUCAUGUUUAUGACUGACUUGUUUAUUACUAACACAAAAGAUCGUCCAUGUACAAGCCCCCCCCCCCUCGUAUAUAAGCCCCCUCCCCUUGUACAAGCCCAUCAAAAAUCGCUUACGAAAGAAUAUAAACCCAGGGCUUAUAGUCGGAGGUUUAUGGUAUGUUAAUAUGUUUACUACUAUUGAUUGGUAUCAGUAUUCCAGUUGUUAGAAAAACUGCUGAUCAGGAAGAGAUAUUCCCCUGUUCGAGUCCACUCUGGGCACUUUCUCUACUCAACUGAAACUUUCUUUCUUCGACUAUGUUCGUAACAAGAAAAAAGACACGGCGCAUUAUUAUAUCUAUGUCCAUGUUUUAACUAUUACUUGAAUAAUUAUUUUUCCACAGGGUGUAUCAGGUUCGAAAGGACAGAAGGGUCAACCUGGCCAGGAUGGAGGACCGGUAAGCAAUCUAUUCCUCGAUAUAUACUGACAAUAAAGUUAUAAAGUCGUGAGCAAACAUGGAACUUUUUAAGGGUAACUAAGUCUCCAUGUCAGCAACGUUUUACUGGUAACUAAGUCUCCACGUCAGCAACGCGCCAGCUAGACUUGGAUCAAGUCCGUCUCUCUAGAGUUGGAGUCGCGAAGCGACGAGAUCGAGCGCGCCGCGAAGCGGCUCGCGAGGUGCACCUCGCGCUCUCCUUCGGACUCUAGAGAGACGAACUUGAUCCAAGUCUACGCGCCAGCUAGCGCACGCAAAAGCCACACACUUGUGCGUCUGCGUGAUCACACAAUAAGGUAGACAGAAGGCCGACUUCUUCGUUUUUCCUAUGAUUUUCCUAUGAUUUUCCUAUGAUUUUGGCGUAACUCGUGAUUCGUCAUCAAAUGCUGACGCCAUGGUCCUAGCCAGUGCGCGUUUGAGAGGCAUUCACCCCCCCUGAUAAUAUUCAAAAUGGUGGACGUCCGGGGGGGGGAUGCCUCUCAAACGCGCACUGGCUAGGACCAUGGCGUCAGCAUUUUGAUGAUGAAUCAUGGCGUGGCAGCGGUUACUCGAGUCGACCUUCUGUGUACCUUAUUCUGUGGCGUGAUAAACUUCAUUCAUGCGUAAAUAUUCAUCAUAUCGAAUCGAUAUUUUGCUCGUCAGGUAUUGAUAAGUUAAAAGUCAUAAAUGAUUCUUAUACUCGUUGUGGCAACAAUGACGUUCAUACUUUUUUUUCAACAUGCGACGGUUGAUAUUGAAUAUUUCGACUUUUCUUUGGUGAAUUUGUAUAGGUAAUAGUAUGGUUUCGAGUGCAAUUUGGAAAAAGACUUUGAAAAACUCGAGAAACUCAAAAAGAAAAACUCGAGAGACUCUCAAAGACUUUGAAAAACUCGAGAGUUUUUCAAAGUCUUUGAGAAACUCACGAGUGUAUGUCUUUUCAAAUUGCACGAGAAACCAUACUAUUACCUAUUAAUAAUAUACAUGAAAAAAUUAUGCAGUCACGUGCGUAAGUCACAUUUAGAAAUUAUGAAAUUAAGAAAUUUGAAAAAUAAAAAAUUAAGAAAAUUAAAAAAAUUAAGAAAUUUGCACUAUAUUUCUUUUUUUUGUACUGUAUUUCAUUUGUUGGCACUAUAUUUCGAAAAAAUUGCACUGCUCUUAGCCAAUCAGAAUUGAGAAAUUUUUUCAUGUGUAUUAUUAGUUCAGAAUACUGUACGUCAUUUUGGCUAUAGAGCCUCGCUUUCGUGUAUGGGACAUUAGUUAAAGCCUAUUCUGUCAAUCAGAGCCUUUUUAAGAAUUCGUCCGUGGGGGGAGGGGGGGAGGGCGUCUACAAAAAGGGACCAUAGUAUACUCAGUGUGGAGAGAUGACAGAUGGUUGUUGGUAACAAAAAGUUUGGUGUGGUGCUCUAUGUAAUAGUAGGAAGGCUGGGGGCACUCUCUCCCAGAAAAGUUUUGUAUUUUUCCUCUCCUAGGACUGCAUUUCGUGCGUUUUCUGAAACAGAUUUUUGGGAUUUCCAGCGUUACAUUAUACUGUAGAUAGACCGAAUCUGCAGUUAAGUACUUGCAUGAUAUGUUUAUGUAAAUACCACAACUCGGUCACUAACUUGUUUAGCCUAGCCUUCCAACAACUCAAAUCUAUAGAGUCUGGGAUAUGCUUUCCACUGGGAAACUUUUAAAAUCUAAGGUUUUGGCAUUUUUAAAAAGCCAUUGAAUCAUUUUACGAUAAUAGAUAUGACAUAAAAUUCACAAAACAAGGUUCAGUUACUAGAAUAUCAAACCUCCCUUCUAAAUUCCAUGUUUUGCUUAUAUUUUAGAGAAAAGGGACUUUGACUGGGGGGGGGGGAUGAUUGAGUGGUGCACGAGGGGCCACCAUGGGGCUGGGGGCUUCCCCCCCCAGUUAUAAUUGCUGCCGUAGCGAGCGAGCGUGAAGCGAGCGAGCGAGGCAGCAGUCCUAAUGUAUAUGUAUAUAUAUAUAUAAGGCAGAUGAAAUCUCGAUCGUUUCGGCGUAUUUCGGCCUACCACAAUGCACUGCUUCCGGGCCGGCAGGCUAUUCUUGCCUAAUAAACAGGCAUAAGGCAAACAAGCAAUGUGAUCAUCUUUCAUCUUUGGUUUUCUUUUAUCCAAAGCCAUAGCUGGCGUAUUAAGUACUGAUCAAACGGCAUUUUGUCGAUACGCAGUGAUUCGAGCGUUAUACGCGGUGGUUUCGCUAUUAUACGCAGUGGUUCGAGCAUUAUACGUGGUGCUUUCGUCAUUAUACGGUCUAUACGCGGUGCGUUCGCCAUUAUACGCAGUGGUUCGAGCAUUAUACGCGGUGCUUUCGUCAUUAUACGGGGUGCUUUUAACAUAAUUUACAUAUUCUUCCAUGUAUAUAAUCUCACGAUUGCUUAAUAAAUCUGGUAGGCCUAUGUGGCUGUGCUUUUUGCCUCUGGUCUGCAAUGACAAUGACAUGCUUUUAAAAAGGUUUAUUGAUAAAAAGGUGACUGCACUUUGUGAGUUCUUAUAUAUUAUCACAUAGUGUUGAUUUAUUAGUAAUAAAUCUGUGUAUAUAACAUAGGUAUAUAAAUUAAUAUAACGCAGCAAAUGCGCGCCAAGCAGUAUAAACGCGGCUGAAAUACGAUAUUAAAAUCUUGAAUGUGCCGUAUGAUUUAAUUAUGUUUUAGGAUUUAAAGCCUUUAAAAAUGCUUUGUCAUUUGUAUUUGUACUUGUACUAAUCACAACGCAGUGCGUAAGUGAACAGAUUCCACAUGUGAGGUUGUCUUGUAUAUAUUUUUGCCUUCUUUGAUAAACAUUAUUUAAACACGCAAAUUUAGUGAGACGCACACUCCGACACUCGCACAUGUUAAAUGUCACCUGCAUGUCAUUGUCAUUGCCCUUUAACCCCUGGUCCAAAUCAUAUGAUUAUUGAAGCGGGGCCGUUUUGACUUUGGGCCGUUUUGAGUUUUGACUUUGGGCCGUUUUGACCUAGCACCGUAUUUGUGGGCAAAUUGUCUAUACAAUUUUAUAUACUAGAUAUCACAGCCAUACCUGCUAUUUUGAUCUUUUCCUCGCGUUAGAUAAGUUGAUAAGUACACUCAUUCUUGUUAGCCAUCGUACCUGUUCGGCUGUUCCUCUUUCGAUACGAAACUUCGAGCGCCGAGUUAUCAUACGGCACAUUCAAGUGUAUAAAUUAUGGAUGAUUCCAAUUCAUUACGAAUAUUUCUUAUUCUUUAAAAUAUUAAGAGGUAAUUUUUUUGCAAUGUCACGUAUUUGCAAUGAAAAGUGUUCAAAACCUAAAAUCUUUUUGGCGUUCCUCUCAAAUUACUUUGUUUUAGCUUUAUUCUCUACAGUUUAUCAUAGAGUUAGCUACCUUUUUAAAUGCGUCUGCCGGUUGAGAAACAUAAAAUAAUAGUUAAAAAUUGCCAAUUAAAAUACAAUUAUCAAUGAUGCUUUAAAAUUGACGCUAUAUUGGCUGUAAGCCACGUACUGGACGUCAGACAUCAUUUUCUCUUUGGCGUAUCAUCUAAAAUCUCUUCAUUUUAAGGUGUUUUUUUUACCGAUUGAGAAACGUAUCGAAAAAUAAAAAUUUUGAUUUUAGUCAUAAUCUCAUGUGGUAUAUUAUACGCAUUAGUUUUGAGCGCGUGUUACGUAACAUACAAAAAAUCUCAUUUAAAGAUUUGGGAACAAUGCUAUACCAAGGCAGCAUUCACUACCCUGUGGGUAAACUAGUUAUAUAGUAAAAAGGAACCUGCUGUCAAUCGCGAAAGCGAGACUCUAUAGCCAAAGUGACAUGACUUUCCAGAAGGGUGUAUUGUAAACAUUUUUGAUAUUCUAAAACAUGUGAAUACUCAACAAGGUUAUCUACAAGGCAAAUUCUUCACUACGGAAUUAAUUGUUUCUAAAAACUUCCAUCUUAUAGAAUUUUUUCGAAAAUUUUUGAUAUUCUAAAACAUGUGAAUACUCAACAAGGUUAUCUACAAGGCAAAUUCUUCACUACGGAAUUAAUUGUUUCUAAAAACUUCCAUCUUAUAGAAUUUUUUCGAAAAUUUAAUAUGUUGCAUGUCAAGCUCGUUAUAUUUGUUCUAUUCACACGUUUUAAAAAAUUCACCAAAGCAAACCCCCAAAAUUCUCAUCUUUCUUCUCGCGAGGUUCACUGGGCAAUUGAUAAAGUCAUACAACGCAAUAGACCUUUCCCCUUAUGAGUGAAAUUUUGAUCUAGACAAGCCUGGACAAAAAUUUCAUCACAGCUUGAAAGAGCAUCAUCAAAAGUCGUAAUAUUCCGAAGUUUUGUUGCGAAAUGUUGUAAAAUGCGGUUAAUAUAGUCUUGCGAAGUUUGCCGUUUUUCAGCAUUUUGCAUUGCAAAUGGAAUUGAUAAUCAGUUUGAUCAUCUGAUUAUCAAUUUCCCGUUUGUAAUGCAAAAUGACUGAAAAACGGCAAACUUCGCAAGGCUAUAUUAUCCGCAUUUUACAACACUUCGCAACGAAACUUCGGAAUAUUACUAAUUUUGUGAUGCUCUUUCAAGCUGUGAUGAAAUUUUUGUCCAGACUUGUCUAGAUCAAAAUUUCACUCAAAAGGGGAAAGGUCUAUUAAUCAUAACGAUCACAAAGAAUUACUUGCGGAUACUAGAACAAUAGGGGAGCUAUCUUAAAUGAUUUCAGAAUAAUACAAAUUGCAAAAUAUGUGGAUGCAGCUGCCUGAAAAAAACUUAGACGUUUCAAGCGUCUACUAACUUCCAGACGCCUUCCCUCGAAACGCCGAAGGUCUGUUUGUAACUACCUGCGCCCACCAUUCGAGAUUCUAGAACAAUGUUCGUAGUUUGGUAAGUGCUUCGUAUUUUAUGUUCUAGGGAUCUGUGGGUUCACUUGGUGAGACCGGUAUUGAUGGCGAUGAUGGUGCUAAGGGACCUAAAGGCGACAUUGGCGCUCCUGGAAUACGAGGAAGUCCUGGUGAACCUGUAAGUAAUAUUUCCAAGAUGAGUGGUUGUGUCAUACAGUUAUACAACACGGAUGGGAGUAUUGUAAAGAACUUGUGAAAUGAAUCAACUUGUCUUUCUCACGAAGGCCAAAAUCCGCCAUUUUUGGGGUACUGUCUGCCCUCGUGAAAGAUUCUAGACAAUUCAAACAACGUGAAAAGCGACUUUUAAAAGUUGUGACUGUAAAUUUGCCAUUAUACAAACAACUAUAAUUAUACUAAAAAAGUUGUAUUUGGUGGUGCGGAGACUCUCAAACGUGGGAGAGGCAGUACCCCAGAAAUGGCGGGAAAAUCGGCCGUGAGAAAGACUAAUUCAUACACAAAUAAUCACAUGUACUCUUAAGUUACACUCACUACUGAGUGCUUGUAUAAAUUAGUUUGCAUAUCAAUUUCAGGGUUCGUAGCGGUCUUUGAAAUCCUUGAAUAUCUUUAAAUUUGUAUGCAGGUCUUUAAGGUCUUUGAAAAGUCUUUGAAUUGUGUGAAAAAGCGAAGAAAGUCUUUAAAAGUCUUUAAAUUCUUUAGUGAGGAAUUGAUUAUACGAUUUCCUAGCUAAUAAAAUAGAUUGAUUGAAGCAAGAUUUUCGCAAAUAUCGACGAAAAGGCGCAUUUUAGAAUGUGAUUUGACUGGACUAAUUACUGUGUAAAAAUGGUGCUUACACUCGCAAAUUUUCGACAGCUGAUUGCUCUCAAAGGGCUUUGUAAAGUCUUUGAAAAUAGGCAGAAAAAAUCUUUGAAAGUCUUUGAGUUUGGUCUUGGAGACUACGAACCCUGAAUUUAUUCGUUUGUAUACACAUGUGGAACGCAUGAAUAAGUCUUCAUGAAUAUGUAUUAUUACAUUAAUAUAUUCUCUUUAGGGUGACUCUGGAAAUUCAGGCAAUCCAGGUUACAGUGGACCCACAGGAAAAACAGUAAGAAAUUUCAAUUUUUUUCCCAAGAGCUACCCCAUAGAAGUCGUGUUUCAUAUGGAAUGGUUAGAAAUAGGGUGUUGGUGGCACAGUGCAUGGUUAGUGUCUUUUGCAUCUGCGACUGUGCUUCUAUUCCUGCAACAAGAUUGUAGUUUCGCCUCAGCAUGGGGUUGAGAAGAUUGCUUCCAAUUUUGACUCUAUCAACCACGCGGGUAUACCCUAGGAAUUCCGGUUCCUUCCUGCAGUAAAACUGGCUCAAUAAGCGAUGAACAUCUAUCCAAUAUAAAUAGUUUAGUUUAUGUUUCUAUUUAUAGUAACAAUAGGUGAUAGACUUUACUGGACCUUAAAAGGAGGAACAGCUUAGAACUGUUAGAGCUAUCCAGGAUAAAUAAAGUUAGUUUAGUUAUAGUUUAGAUUAGUUUAGUUUAUGUUUCUUUCUGUAGACGUAGUAACACUGGAGCAAUAAGGGAUGACCCUUAUGGACCUUUAUGGGGAACAGAUUAGACCUGACAGAGCUAUCCGGUAUAAAUAGAGUUAGUUCAGUUUGGUUUAUAGGUUUUGUAGUACUUACUUUCAUUUCUAAUUUCGUAGGGUGUCUCAGGUCCAACUGGUAAAAGCGGUCCUCCCGGAGCCCCAGGCACUGUGGUAAGGCUACACUAUACCAAAGUAUUUUACCAUUUUUCGUGUUUUUAAACGAGUUCGAUCCAUGGUUUUGAGUGAAAACAUUGACAGGUUAGUUUUUAACCACGAGUUCAGUUUGACUUUGUAGUCUUUGAAAAACUGGACAAUGCAUGUGUGUUUUUAACGUGCAUGCAUGACUCCAUAUUGUUACUUAUGAAUAUACAGUAUAGCAUAGCGUAACGAAGGACUAGGAGCAGUGCAUGUUUCGUAUUAUAUUACUAUAUAAGCUCUUGACUUCUUGGAUGCUCCUUACCAUUUGAAUAUUCAAUAUUAUUUGCAUAUUAUAUAAUAUUAUUAUAAGAUUAAAAAUAUAAAUUCCUAAUUACUAUGACGAGUACAUGCCAAAUUUACAACAAAAGCAGUAAGCAAAAGUUCAGAAUGUUUUUCAAGAACUUCUUGACAGUGGUUGAGGUGGUUCCAUUAGAAAACAUGGAGUAUGGAGUUUCAUAGUAUUACAAUGAGAGUCUCCUGAAGGAGGUCUAAAUUCUAUUUUCGGACAUUUUUUUACCAAAUCCCAGUUUCAACUGUAAACUUAAAAGAGUGUUCCUGAGCAAGUUUUCACCUAAUGUUCAUGUUGACUUUUAAUUAAAACACAAUAUUUUGCUUUCAAUAUAGCUAUCUUUAUAAAUAACUUCACAAAGUAAAUGGUUUAAAGUCUGUUAUAACUUAUAACCUGUCAUUUUCUAUCACAUACUUGAUUAGCAACAUCAGAAAAAUUACCUCGAGCCGGAAAAGGGCAUCUCAAACUCAUUAAUAAUUCAUGAUAAAUUAGCCAACCAUAUUGCUUUAUUUUGCUCUGGAUACACUGGAUACCUGGUGAAAUAUAUUGUUACAGUCCUAGCACUGGAUCGAAAUUAAUUCAGUCCUUGGACUGGAUCAAAAUUAAUUCACCUUACUCAUGGGCGUACCGGAAGGGAAAAAUUAGGGGGGGCGGAAAGAAAUUUGCCCGACUUUUCCGGAUUGUGCCCGACCAGUACCGGAAAAAAUUUUUCCGCAAUUUAUUUUGGCGACCUCCCCCCCCCGUCGCAAAAAAAUUUCGGUUAGUGUACCAUAUUAGGGGUCAAAAAUUUUUUCGGACAUACCAAAAUUUUUCGGAACAUCACACAAAUUUUCCAAACAUCACAAAAUUGACCACAAAAUUAACAGAAUUUCCAACAAAAUUGACAGAAUUUGUCCCAUUUAUUUUUAUAAUAAACCAAAAUUGCCUGACUGUUGAUCGAAUAUUGCCCGACUGCCCAACAAACUGGGGGGGGGCUGCCGCCCCCCCCCCCGCCCGGUACGCCCAUGACUUUACUUUACAUAGUGAUUUAUUCGUACGAGAUGUCAUUCCCAAUCCUCCAAUUCGGACUGGACUAGAUUUCAAGUCCUCGCAUUUUGAUCCAGUCCCCGGCUUCUCCUCGAGCUUGAUCAAAUUGCGCGGACUUGAGAUCUAGUCCAGUCCUCAUAGACGGAUUUGAAAUAUUACAUAAGACAUUUUUGGAAGAUCAAUCAAAAGUUGCUCCGUUAGCUUUCCUUGAAGUUAUUUCAAUUCUGAAAUGUCCAACCACAAGUGUCUUUGUAAUGGCAUAUGGGUUUUCCCAUUUUUGUGUCUGUCAUUCCCAGUCCAAAAAUAGGCAAAUCCAUUCCUAUUUUACCCCCUUUAAGACCCUCCGAUGAGAUCACGAGAGCUUUAUAGAGAAAGAGUCGCUAAUUAUUUCUCGAUUGUAACAAUAAAGGUAAUAGGGGCCGGUUGUAUAAAAAAGUGAUUAAAGUUAACUAUAGUUAAGUGGAAACAUCAUCCAAUAAGAAGCGCGUAUUUGAGAGUUAAUCACUAUUUAACUACAAAAUAGUGAUUAAAAAGUGAUUAAGUGUUUUAUACAACCGGCCCCAGGUUAAGAUUUGAUCGUCGAUUUCUAUACAUAAUAUCUCCUAUCCUUGUUUUCAGAAUCUAUCUAGUAGCACGGCUUUGUCUUAUUGUAUUUGCUCUAUUUUGGUCUUGCAGUUAGGUUCAUUACUUUAAACUUGACUGAAAGAAAUGUGUAUUUGAUAUAAUUUUGGCCCUACAUAUGUUCAAAUGCAGUAUUUCAAGCUUGAGUAAUAGGAAAUUUGGUAAUGUUUAGGGUCCUCAAGGACAACUUGGUCCACCAGGUGGAGAUGGUGCUGCAGGAAGAAUUGGCAUGACUGGUCCUCCCGUAAGUUAUUAUUUACUGAUACUGUAGAUCGAGGCUCUUCAACGUUAUUUGGGUGCCUGAAAUACUUGUACAGCUAUAUUUGUGAAUGCAUGGGUUCUCUGGAUGUCUAAACUGAGAUCUGACACACCACCAACCGUCCUGUUAAUAGUUUCUAAGCCAAUGCAUGCCAUUUUGCCGUUCCUAUGUAAAUACCGCCCCCCCCCGUGUACAUAACCCCGUGUACAAGCCCACCAUAUUCACUAAUGCUCAGGCCAUUCCGAAUAUAAUCCCCGCAGAAUAUAAGCUCCUCCGUACAUAAGCCCAUGGGCAAUAUGUUGGAUAGGUAUUUACUAACGAGGCGACUCAGACGAAUGACAAUAAUUACAUUACAGUAUUAAAUAUGUUAACCAACCUGUUUUAUGUAUAGAUUAUACACUGUAUGUUUAUAUUUCUUUUUGUUCACGUUAUAGUUUACAAGCACAAUAAAUAUUAUUAACAUCAAAUGUUCUCCUUAUAUACGCCCCCCCGUAUAUAAGCCCUCCCAUCAUAAACCCAUCAAAAAUGCUUACGAACGAAUAUAAGCCCAUGUCUAUGUCUCUCGUAAGGCUGUUACCAAUUCUUUAGUACUUUCUUCGUUACUAGAUCACAAAUUUCAUGUCGUGUUUUGUACAAAAUAGGCCCUUUGCAUAAAGCCAAAACAAUAGCAAGCUACGCAGGCUAAUGACUGACGUUGUUAUGCAAAGGGCCCCAUUCCAGUGUGAUUUUUGGGGAGAUAUAAUGUAGGAUGUUUUGUAUUUACUGUUUUUCUUUUCUGCAUAGGGACCACCUGGUGAUCGUGGUAAAUCUGGUCCUCCUGUAAGUAUAAAAUUUUACGAACCAUUAGGAAAAAUUUCAAAUAUUAAUUGAUACAAAUAUUCAAUUAUUAAUACUUAAUCCAAUGUUUAAGAAAUCACUUAAAUACGUAUUUCGUUUGUAGGGUCCACCUGGAAAACUUCUACGGGUAAGGAAUUUUGUCAUGAUUUUUCAUGUACCAUUUAUCACAGUAGAUUUUCAUUCCCACCAAAGACAAAGUUAGGUUAAAUUGCCGGUUUUCGACUACCAAAUUGUGUGGGACGAACUUUAGUUAAUAAGAAGUAACAUCCUUUCAAAGGCUGGAGAACUUCAAAGAGUUUUCCAACCGAACUCCAAGUAAUUUUGAAGGUGCGCAAAGUUAUUUUCUUAUAGCUUUACAAUAUUCUUCACACAUGGUUGGGCGGUUUACUUUAAAGUGCCCCUGUCACAAAAUGAGAGUUUACAUCAUUAGAAUCGUCUUGAAGCGUAGAUUAUGAAAAUACAAAACAGAUUUAAAAUUGAGCUUGUUUUCACAGAGUAAUAAGGCAAUGAAGUUUGAAAUUUUCAAAUUUUAACGGCAAAAGUUUUUGAAAACCGCGGAGCUGGGAAAUUGGUAACUAAUACGUCAUAGUAGGAAGACAUUGCCUUCUCGCCUAAGUGAAAAGUAUAUAAAUACUAAGUGAGAAUCACGAUCAAGCUGGUCAAAAUUCGAUACAAAUGCCUUCGUCGAGUUCAGAUACGGAAAAUAACAGUUACCAAAGCGAUGUCUGAUUGAAAUUAUAUUCCUGGGCCGUAUCAAAUCGAGUGAAAUCAAUGAAAACACCAGUGAAGCGUAGUCAAGCAGCGCCGAUUAUUCGUGCGCACGACGUUGGUCCAUAUGAUGUUAAUGAACCAGUGCCCGACGAAGAUGGUUCAAAAGUUACCGCGAAAAAAAGCAAUCACGACGAACGUCUUAAGCAACUACAACAAAGGCUUGAUAGUUCAGAAGAAUUGAGUAAAUGGUAAAUAUUUCACUCUGAUUUUGUUGCGUGACUUGACCUUGUGUUGAAUUGUAUUCAAAUUACAAACUUGGCAAUUGUCGCAUUGAACUGUUUCGUAAAUUAUGCUAAAGAGUGUCAAAUUGUGUAUGGAAAUUGAGGAGUGCGUCGAUUCUCUACACAGUAACAUUGUGAUUUGUGAUGCAAGAAGCUGAAGUCGCGCCAUUAUGUAUAAUUCAACAGCUUAUGACUAGAUAAGUGAGCCCUCCGUUCAGCACCCACGAAUUACGAACAAGAAAGAAACAGGAAUACUGUCAAACAAGCACAGAAGAUAGGUAAUAAAGUUUUCUUUAUCAACAUAUUGAAAUUAAGAAACACUUUACUGUACCCGAGUUUACUAUCAGUGAACACACGCAUGCGGUACGGUAACUGAGAGUUUAUAUACGGUACAUACUGUACAAUUAUUGAAUUAUUAUAUAUUUACAUGUGUUCACAUGCAAGUGAGCGACUUAUUAUUUAUUAAUUUAUAGAUUCUGAAGGAGCACAGCAUAUAGAAACUUUGUGUGGAUGGUUUAUGGACAACUAGGAAAUAGACAUUUUUGCGCAUAUGAGAAAAUAAUGCCUGCUGUUGAUGAAGACUUUGUAGGAUUUGUAGAGGGCAGUUCUUGAUAUUAUAUAAUUAUUUUUCAAUAAAUAAACCUAUUACACUGUAUAAGCGUGGUAAUAUUAUACUCGAUUGCGUAUAGAAACAGCACAUUUGCUAUAUUCAUGACUUCAAUAUUGUUUUGCCAAAGAG